AAAGUUUGGAAACACCUUCUCAUUCAAUGCAUUUUCUUUAUUCUCAUUACUAUUUAAACUGUAGAUUCUCAGUGAGGGCAUCAAAACUAUGAAUGAACACAACUGGAGUUAUGUGCUAAAAAAAAAGUGUGAAAUAACUAAAAAACAUGUUUCAUAUUUUAGAUUCCUCAAAGUAGCCACCCUUUGGUUUUUUUGAUAGUGCUGCAAACAUUUGCUGUUCUCUCAAUGAGCUGCAUGAGGUAGUCACCUGAAAUGGUUUUUGCUUCACAGGUGUGCGUUGUCAGGGUUACUUCAUGACUAAGUACUUCUGUCAUCAAGAGCAAAGGGUGGCUAUUUUAAAGAAACUAGAAUACAAAACAUGGGUAACCCUUUCUUUUACAGUACACUUAUUACCAGGUAAUUAACAGGUAAUUAACAGGUAAUUACCUAGUAACAACAUGAAAUUAUCUGGUAAUUACAUGAUAACUACUAAGUCAAUACUGUCUAGUUUUUCUUUUUUUCUUUUUUCUGUGCAGCUCCAUUUUCAAAAGCUAUUUGGGGUUCUUAUUUUCUAUGAUUGACACUUGAUACAGCCUAUGGGCGUGCGAAGAUUGCGUGGCGAUACGUUGUUUGAGCCGAGCGUUAUCACAGCGACUCACCUGCCGAAUGCGUACAAUGCUACUGCACAAGAGGUGGUUUCAGGAAGCUGAAAAAUCCUGGAAAUACCAGAGCAAUUCGGCUUCAAAUUUGUAUGAUGAUGGAAGGUUACCUACCUGGUAGCUAGACAGUAUUGACUUAGUAGUUAUCAUGUAAUUACCAGAUAAUUUCAUGUUGUUACUAUGUAAUUACCUGUUAAUUACCUGGUAAUUAGUGCAUCGUAAAAGAAAGGUUUACCAAAGCAUGUUUUCCGUUAUUUUGCCCUUUUUUUUACAAGUACAGAAUUCUAAGUGUGUUCAUUCAUAGUUUUGAUGCCUUAAGUGAUAAUCUACAAUGUAAAUACUCAUAUAAAAAAAUAAAGAAAAAGACACUGGAUGAGAAGGUGUGUCCAAACUUUUGUCCUCUACUGUAUUUACAUGUAAAUGUUAAUCAAAAUGUACUGUUCCCAUUUUUAAACAUAAAUAAAUAAAGACAAAUUUAUUGUGUGUGAUUUGACUAACUUGUCAAAGGAAUAGGCUAAUGCUUUCACUCUCAAGCACUUAUAAAAACUCCAUCAUUAAUGCCGAGAGUGUCUGUUUAUUGAUUAAAUCCAGGGCUUGUUAGUCUUGGCAUUCUCCACGUUUGCUCCAACAACUGUUGUGGUCUCGUGUUACGACAUAAGGCUUGUAAAGUGCUCCCCACAAACUGCUGCACGUUCUAAUAAAUUCAUCUUGAUUUAUUAUUCCUGUGACUGAUUACACGGAUGUAAAUAUUCAGCAGUAAAAUAUAUAGUCUGGGUGACAGGGUGUCUUUUCUAAGCACUACCACGCUGCCCUGUUGGGUCAGAGCUCCACUGCCACUCACAAUUAUUUAUUAGGCUACAUAUUCACUCUCUAUCCAUCACUGUGUGGCCACCCGGCCCGGUCACAUCUCUUCAUGUUUAUUACAGUGUCCCACCUUCCCGAGGAGGAUGAUUGACGUUUUCAGAGAGGACCGAGGUGGGACUUGCGCGCUCCUUCUUCUCCAAUCGUGGCUCAAGGGGGCGGAGGCUUUCCAUCCAUACUCUGAUUAUGAGUCAGUUACCAGACAUAAGCGAAACAAUAACAGUUGGUGGGCUACUUUCUAUCCAAAAGCUUCACAGUCAAGUUGAGUUUUGUGGCGCGUUUUAGCGCAUCAGGCUCAUCGGAGGUUUCGUAAGAGGAGCGAGAAGACGCUCCACUUUUAAUCAGAUUAGGAGCCUUUAAUGUUCAGUCCUUUUUUUUCCUCUUUUCCCCUACAGUAGCGGUGCAGGAGUGGCCAAAGCCAAAAGCAGCGAUUCAGAUCAGAUUUCACCUAAACCAGCUGGGAGAGAGACCGAGAGAGAGAGAGAGAAAGAGAGAGAGAGCACAGAGGGUUUGUCAGUCUCCCUCCUCCCAAAUCCAGAAAAUCUUACCAAGGAAAAAGGAGGAGUGUCGGGGUGAGAGAGAGAGAGAGAGACGCAGACGAAUCCAGAGGAAUUUCCGAGGAUAUUUUCCCCGUCUCCCCCCCUCCUCCCAUUUUCUAUCUUUUUAUCAAAAUUUAAAAGUUGGAGGCGAGGCAACGGGGACCGUGGUCAAGGAUGGACGAGCAGCCGCGGUUGAUGCACUCCCACGGGGUAGGCAUGGCCGGACACCCCGGCCUGGCGCAGCAUAUGCAGGAUGGCACGGCGGGGACGGACGGAGAGGGAAGAAAGCAGGACAUCGGAGACAUAUUACAGCAAAUAAUGACCAUCACAGACCAAAGCUUGGACGAAGCACAGGCAAGGUGAGGCUUUACACACAGAGACACGCGAAUAAACACUUGUAGUAUUAACCGGAGAGCGGAAAUAUGAGAAAAUGUUUGUGGAGACGGAAGGAUAAGAGAUGGUAACACUGUUUGUAUCCAGACUGCCUGUAAAUGAAAGCAAUUACGCCCACUGAAGUGCCGUGACUGCGCGAAAGCGUCAGAAAGACAUAAAAAACUUGUCACGAUUCAUAUUAGAGGAUGUCGAACAACUUUUUUGUCGAUAUUUCCAUCUCAGCUAUCAAUUAUUGCAUGAUUAAUGUCGAUCAGUGUGAUCAGCUCAGAGGUCUCCAAGUGUGGAGCAGUUAUCCUAACACUUCCACCUUGUUACAAAGGAGCUCAUAUUGCAGCCUUGUGUUAUAAUAACAUGUUGCAUUGCAUUACAAGACAAAUAGGACUCAAAAAUUGUAAAAUACAUUUAAGGGUGCUGUGUAGAGUUGGCUUGAUUUUGUUGCACAUCAGAAAGAGAAUUCAGGCUUCACAAAGGUUUGAGGUCCCUUAUUGUGCAAGAGUGUGGCUUCAACGUUUUACAUUUAGUGCUUGAGCAUUUGCAAAAAUAUUAUAAACAUAUUUCUUAGCUGUGUCUUCUGCAGGUUUAACAAUUAACCUAAUCCUCAUGCAGCAAAAAAAGCAGAUUAUCUUUUGAUUUCAGGUCAUCCUGCUUUUUUUGAAUUGCUUUAUUACUGUUACUUCUUGUUUGGAUGUCAAUAAAACGGGUGUCAUGUGUUUAUUUUAUUUUUUUGUUUUGUUUCUGCAGGAAACAUGCACUGAACUGCCACAGAAUGAAACCUGCUCUCUUCAAUGUCUUGUGUGAAAUUAAGGAGAAAACAGGUGAGAUCUGUUUUAUCCUUUUUGUUGUUUGGUGUGGUGUUCCUUAAAAGCUCACACUGACCUCUCUUGUUGUAGAAAUGUGUCUAUUUCUCGACCUAUAUUUAGUCUAUUAAUUCCAAAACUGAUCUUUAAAACGCCAUGUUUUUCCAAAGAUACAUUUAAAUGACAAAAGCGUGGUUUAGUACGCACACUUUUUGCUGAUUUGUGUGUUUUUUAUGUGUGUGUGUGUGUGCGACUUGUGACAAGUUCUCCCUGACAAAUGUCACCAAGCGUGCAUGUGAGCAGCCUGGCCCCAGAUGAGGUGCUGUCACAGCUCUGGAGUGUUUUCAUGCCGAUGUUUGGGCCUCUCUGUGGCUGGGCUUUCUCAACCCUCUCUGUCUGUUUUCCUUGGCCGAGUGUGAUGGCGUUUCUGUAGUGUAGCUGUGUUUUUUCAUUUUUAUAUAAAUGCAAAGGCAGGUCAGACGGAUUUUCUGUUUAUAUUCACGACCGGGAUCAGACUCGUGAGAGAGGAUGUGUAAAAUAUUAGUCCGUUAACCGCAGUUUAAAAGAAGAGCGGCUCACAUGAUGAAAGCCUGUUGAUAUUCUCUUGAGGGACAUGGCUAUUCAAGAGGACGCUUUUCAAGGCAGGAAAUAAAACCAAGCAUCCAAUAUAACCUUAUCUGUGAGCUCUACUUUGAAGCUGUCUCUGAGGUUAUUGAAGGAGCGAUGUCACUUUGUCUGCUGGUGUUGCAUUCACUGUCAUUGCAGUUUAAAAUAAACUCAGCGAGGGUUCGUAGGCUUGAGCAUAUACCCUAAUUUUACAUGAGCUGUUAAUCCAAGACAUUUCAUUCUUAUGACUCAGAGUUUGGCACACGUCUCUGCUUAAAAAAAAGAGUAAAAUAACCAGCAGCAGACUCUUUGGGAUUUUCACCAGAUUUACAAAAUGUUAAAAUCUCUCUGCGAAGCUAAAGUAGUCAGGGGCUCUGGCUGUUCCUAAAUUGCAGGGCUCAGAAAAGUGGGGGAGAGAGUAAUGCCUGGCCCUUUGUAAACUGUCUGGCGUCUCCCUGAGUUCAACCAGAGUUCGUUUCCAAAAAGAAGAACAAAGUGACUUGGACCUUUUCCUGGCUUUACUCCCCCUGCUUCUCCUCCUCUCUUCCCACCGUUCUUGGCAACCAGGGAUUUUCACAGAGCUUCUGACGAGUGAGGCUUCCCUUCUGCCUGCAAAUUCUCCUUCCACUUUACUCACAACCAAGUUUGGACAUAAUCGUAAUUCAACCUAGUUUCUGUUUUUGUGUAUGGGUUCAGUUGUUUUAUCCCAAAGUGCGGUUAAAAACAAGCCCAAAACCACGUAUCAGCGAGCUCUAAACACUGAAAAUGUCUUUACAAAGGCAGAGAAGCUUUUCAAAGUAAGAAAAACCUCAACACUUUCUGAUAGAAUCGACUCUUAAUGGCUGCCUGGCUGUGUCCUCCCUGUCUGUUUUUGAAGAGCUGAGCUGCAGCUCAUCUUCGCCCAUAGGAGGCUUGUGCAGACGAAACUGAAAAUCCUUUCACUGCAGUGACAGAGAAAAUGACUCAAACCUUCAGCAUGGCAUUUACAGCCAAAUGUGCUGAGUGCAGUGUAUGCGAGCCGAGUACAGCCUGUAAUUUGUCAAGUUCUUUUUUAUAUUCUUUACAAAGAGUCAGCUUCUCCUCGCCUUUUUUUCCUACAUUGUUGCAGUCAGAGUGUCUCUUAAAGCUCUCCUCCUCGACCUUUUACUGAAACAUUUAUUUAGAUCAGACAUCAUUUGUUGCAUGUAAGUCGCUCACAUGUGUGCCGCUCUGGUGUAUCAGUGCUGUGCGAGUGUUGACAGCAGCGGGAUGGGACAUUGCAGCAGCGAGGUGUCCAUUGGCGAGCAGCUGACAAACAAGGCGGGAGUGCAUGCUGAUAGGGGGGACGGUGCAGGCCUUAACUGAUGACCCUACCCCACCCUAAACUCUGCUCCCUGUAUAUUUGUGCCAGGGUCAAGCUUGUGUCACAGUGGGAGAGUAUUUAGCAAGCUUAAACAAGCUCAGGUUCACAUGCUGGGUUAUGGAAAACCAAUGUUAGAGGCUUGUGUUACCACUUACAGACGUUCCUUUUGGCCGCCUGUGUUGUAUUUCAUGAAAUGUUUGCCCUCACUACCGGCCCCCCCCCCUCCUUCUGUUCCUCCUCCUCCUCCUCCUCCUCUCUCUCUCUCUCUUGUCUUUAUUUUUAAGAAACUGUCAUGAUUGUUUCUGCAGUUCCUGAGAGCACUUAGAAUUUGUUUCCCCUGUUCCUGCUUCACAUCCUGUGAAGAGAGUCGGAGAGUGUCUUUGUUUGUGUGGAACCAUUACGGCGAGGGGAGCUGGCACGUACAGGUUGACUAAGUAAGAGGAGCCAGACACCAAGUCAGUGUUUGUGGGUGUCAGAUUUCAGGCCCAUGCUCUCUCUCUCUCUCUCUCUCUUUUUAUCCGUGGGCCUGGGACUGUUUGGUCAGGCCUCCUCUCUUUCUGUCUCUGUGUCAGCAGCCUCACAGUGCCCCCCUCGCAGGCCCAGGUCAGAUGGAGAGCUCCUGCAUGACUAAUGUGAUCAGACGGAUAAUGCAUUACACCGCUUGAACUUAUCAAAGCUGGAGACCUGCUGAAUCAGACGGUCCCGCUAACUGCUAACACCCCCCUCGAGCUCACACUGCUAAUGAGACAUGUAUACACAUUUUAGAUACUAACAACGCAGUGGUUGUUGAUCCGGUCCUCCUUUAAGCAGUUUUCUACAUUUGCAAAAAAAAAGCAAGGACACUACUUCAUCCCUGAAUUUGCCUCAGCGGUUGCAGGGCUUGUAAGCUGCAACUUUUAAUAAUCGAAAUCUUUGUUCUUUACUUUAUUUAUUGGAUUAAAUCUUCAGUCUUGUAUCCUGAAAAACAGAAGAACAAUUUAUGUCUUAAAGUGCUUUUUUCGAUGUGCCGUCCAGAUCCCAAAUUUGAUACCAAACAAAGAGAAAACAGAAAACAUCCACCUUGCAGAGGCUGGGAAAAGCUGACGUUUUCAUCAAAGUGGUCUAAAAUAAUGAAUCAAUCAUGAUAAAAAGCUGCAGAUUUACUUCCUGGCACUUAACUUUACCGUAAGUCAAUUAAUAAUUAGGCCUUAGAAUGAACGUAAAGGUGCACAGGGAUAAAACGUCAAGUCUAUUUAUGGCGUUUUCUGACAUUACCAUCAAAUGUGAUGGAGGAACCAGUUGAGCUCCCAUGAAGCGUUGGAUAGACUGGUCACUAUGGCUCCCAGUGCUGCUGUUUUUCAGUAUUUAAUUGACACGGCUGUCCAUGAUGAGUUCAGAGGUUAGUGUUGCCUCUCUUUGUUACUCUCCUCUCAUCUCCAGUGACAGAUGGAGGCAUUAGUCUCCAAUGUGGCGCUGUCCUGAAACUAAUGGCUAUGUCCUUGGUUUUCCCCGUGCUAGCCGGGAGACUGUAUAUCUGUCCCCUGCUUUGGAAGUGCCGAAGCAGCAGUUUAUCCCCCCAUGUUUUAGUUUCCACGGAAAUAAGGCCGAACAGGACUCUGCCUGUUCUCUCAUAAAUGACUUCAAAUAAAUAACUUCUUAACGAGUGCAAAGUUUUUCCUGAUUUGUGAGCCUUGAGGAAACUCUUCCUCCACUUAGCCGAAACGUUUCUCUUAGUGAAUAAUAACAAACAUGUAAUAUAUUUUUAUAAGGAGUCUGAGUGGGGAUGUAGCUUUGCUUUUAAAGUGAUUUAUCUUAUACAUAAAUAGAUUGGAUUCCAUUUUACCCACUGACAUUUCCUCUUUAUUCAUAUUUAUAUUCACCACCUUAUCGGUGCUCUUCAGAAGCAACAGCUAGUGUUUUAGCUGUUCCCUGUCCUCUGAUAUAAACUCACUCCCAAUUAGGACAGCUAAUAUAUUAUGCAAAUGUUGACUGGCUUAAUUGAGAUGUGUUAAUCAUGUUUUAAGAGGCUAAUUACAGCCCUGUAUAUCUGAGGUGGGAGUUGUAAUUAGCCGUGAUAACAGAUCUGGCUGUAGGAUGGUCAUACUCUGUGUGUGUGGAUGUAUGGCGAGAGAGGAAGUUUGUGUUGAGUUAAAUUACGUGUGUCGUGUGUUUAUUCUUCUGUCUCAUUCUAAGCUUUUAAAAAUCUAGCUUUGCGUUUUUACUCAGUUUGUCGUCUUUCUAUUUUUCCCCCCACACGCACUCUAUAGACGUUUUACCCUCAUGGAAAACAGAAGAAAACGAGAGAAAGCGAGAUCUAUCAGCUCACCUAUUCAUCAGUAAUAUGGAUGCUUUGCUUCUCUAUCUAUAGUUUGCUUCCUGCACUCCUCGCUCUGCUUAUCUGAUGCAGCAGCUCUGUGCAUCCAGGCUUUUACACAAGGAGGCUGUGUUCUUACUUUUCUGACACAGAUCAUAUUCAGAUCCAUUACGCUAAGAAUGCCCUCCCACUUAUCGAAUAUAAAAUUGCUUUAGAGAGGAAAUUUGCUCCACAGCGGAGUGGAGUUUCUUUUUUAUCAGAUGUUUGUCUCUAGAGCAGCUUUUAGUGUCUACAAAAACAGCUCUGGUGACAUUAUUGCAGUUGCAAUUGCCACUGCCAUUGUUUUUCUUAUUGGGGCUCUUUGGAUUUGAUUGGAUUUUCCGCAGUCUCGUGGAAUUGCCUCACACAGCAGGAGCGACGGACGUGUAUAUCCUCAUAUUGUUGGAGUUUGUACACCUGAAGAUCUUAUUACUGAUAUGUUCAAGGGGCUCCAACUGUGCUCUCUAACUACCUCUGAAUCACACUGUUAAGUCUGUCAUUUUUCACAGCGUUAUAUCCGCACAUGUCACCUUCUUCCCUCUCUGUCUGAGGGAACCUAACCCUAACUUAAACAGAUUUUUAAGGGCGCUUGAUGGGAGUGCUUGUCUUGGCUGUUGAUAACCUUUAAUUCAAGGGGAUCUAGUUUCCUUGGCACCCUGCCUCCACAAUGUAAGUGUGUUGGCGACAUGCUGGGGUGUACAAAGGAAACCCCCCCCCUACCUUCCCUGACUUCGAUGAACAGUCAAACAUAAAAUGGCAAGCACUCUUCCCUGGCUGACUUAGUAAAAAUGACAUAAAUUAAUACAUGCUGCUUAAACAGGACCAAGAUUAAUGGCUGCCUUUCGCUGCGGCUUAGAUCCACUGUCAGUCGCUGCUUGCUGCCCAGAUGGAAUCAACACCAAUCAAUGAGGCUACCCGACUCUCCCUGGAUAUCUGCUUAGGAUGGAGAGCAGGAUGGGAGACACACACUCACACGCACAUAUUUGAAUAUACUCUGCACACAGAGACACAUAUAUCAUGCAAAAAAAAAAAAAGAAAAACAUGAAUUGCACCCUUCCUGAUGCAGUAUUUUUGCUCCUCUCCUCAGCAUUCCUUCAUAUAAACUCGCAGCCAUAUCCUGUAUUACUUCCCAUAUAGAGGGAUGUUCAAUCAGGUGCCACAAAGUCAGAUGGGGAAGAGCAGUGAGGCUGAUGGCUCAGUAGUGAUUGGAUGUUUCAAUUACUGAUAGUAAUGCCAUGGUGUAGUGAGUCAUGCAGUGCAGAUAGCACCAUUUAUUUUAAUCAGGACGGGGGAGAGAUGGGUGUGGAUGUGUCUCCCUCCUUUCAGAGGAGUUUCACAUUUAGAUGCAGGGGAGUGUGCUCUCUCUCUCUCUCUCCCUCUCUCUCUUUCACUCUCUGUCUCUCUUUCUUUUUUUAUUCCACAUACCAAACACACACGCACACGCGUACGCACACACGCUCAGGUGGAUUGAGAGUGGAGGAGAGGUUGCCGUGGGUAACGCAUAGCGACAAGGUACUCUCUUGGUGAGCUAUUCUAAUUUAUGUUAAUAAACCUUGCCGUUGCCGUGAGAGACAAAAGGGGCCACAGAUGAGCCUUGGUAACCUCGGCACCUUCACUGGAAGGAAAGGCGCAGACAAAGAACAAUACACACACACGCACGCACACACACACACACACACACACACACACACACACACACACACUGGGAGAGGAAAAAGAGAGAAGAGAUAUUGAACUGUAGAGAAAGACACAAAUACUGUGGCGGAGAGCGAUGAUAAAUUUAGCCACACAAAGAGUUGUUUUUGUGGCUGCAAAAAUCAAACAGCCUCAUGCUGGCAAUCUUCUGUGUUGUGUGUGUGUGUGUGUGUGUGUGUGUGUGUGUAUAUGUGUGUGUGUGUGUGUGUGGUAUCUGCUGCUUCUGCAUGUGUGCCAGAGUGUGUGUUGGAGGGGCAGAAAUAGUGUAGUGCAGGCAGCCAGUCUCUCUGGGUUGUUGCUGCUAAUUCCGUGGGGCCUACAGAGACACGGGGUGCAGCAGCUUUGGAUCACUUCCCGGGGCAGAUGUGACACUGCAGGUAGCAUUUAGCACAGUGGGCCCAGAGCAUGAGUGUUGCCACAGGUCAGCUUUGGGCCAAGCUGCUUGGCAUGGAGUGGAAAGACGGUCUCAGAGUUGCAGAAAUGGACCAUUUAUAUUUGCUGCUAAUGUGAUGUCUUCUCUUUAGUGUAAGAAUCAGAAAAUAUCAUAGUUUUAUGGCUUGUUAAAACUACUUUAGAGUGACUUAUUUUAACUGUCAAAUGCAAAUCUCAAAACUUUGAAAACAUCUUUUGACUACUUGCGUUUUACGACGAUUCUUCUUCAACUGCAUCAGAAACAGUCUUUAGGUUUUUUGACUUAUUUUCCAACUUCUCUGAUGGAAAAACUUCAUUAUGAUUUCAUACUACACUGUUACUUGAGGCAUUGCCAUUGUCGUCUCAAAUCUGAAGUCUCACAAGGUAAAAAAAAUAAAUAAAUAAAUGUAAACUAUUUUUCAUACUAACAUGAAUGAGGAUUGAUAGUGCCCUGUUGCCUCCUCGCUGCUUCCCUGUGCUGUAGAUAUGGUAACCCAAAGAGUGAAAGCUGUGGGUUUCCUCUGCGCCGUCUGUCUGCCAGCUUGCCUUUGGCGGUGUUAGUUCUGGACAGUUAACUCCAACUGAAAUUAUGUUAAUUGCUGUCAUUUUCUUUUUUCUACUUGAGCAUAAUCAGCAAAUUAUAUACUUCUGUUCAUUUAUUACCCAGCCACUUUUAACAGAGUUUUUACCCUUCAAAUAUAAAAAGUUACAAGAUAGUUUGCCCUUGUGAUUAGUGCAUAUUUAUAUUAAUUUAAGCAUAUAUAUGUGCGUGUUGUCAACCGUUUUUAAUUCGGUGUUGAAAGUUUUCUUUUUUUCACAGAACCGUCCAUGAUACUGCUGAGCGUGUAUGUGUAUCUUCUUUGUAAGUUUGACACAUGUUGUGUUCAGGCUGUAGUUCUGGUAACUAGCAUGAUGCUGUAAUACUUUACCACCAGGAUAUAAACAAGCACAGAUGACUGGAAGCUUCUCACAGCAAUGUUUGAUAGGGGUGGGAAUCACCAGUAACCCCACGAUAUGAUAUUAUCACGAUACUUGGGCUAUGAUAUGAUAUUAUUGCAAUUUUCAACAUUUUGCAAUACAGUGAGUAUUGCAAUACCAUAUAUUGUGAUUUAUACACUUUUUUUUUACUGUUUAGCUAAUUUAGCAUUUGUCUUUCCUUUAUGUUUGUCUUAUUUACGCUGUAUUUUAUUUUCAUGUAGCACAUCUUGCAAACCUUUUAUAUACAUUUGCUGUACUAACUUUCUCCUGCUCUACGAUGUCACCUCUGCCAACCUCACUGGACAAACAGUUGAUUUUAUUUUUCAAUUAUCAUUGAUUUGACUUCAUAUUAGCAAUUAAUUUGAAAAAAUCAACACUUUAUAAAUGAGAUGGUAUGAUAUAUCAUCAGACAAAAUAUCACAAUACUAUGCUGUAUCAGUUUUUUCUCCCACCUCUAAUGUUUGACAAUAUUUUGAUCCAGAAACUGGAGAUAAAGUUGUACGGAGGUUAUGUCUGGCUAAAAUGUCAUGCAACCUCCCAGUAUACAGACAUUAACCUGCAAGGAACACUAAAGGCUCUGCUAAUGUUAGUCACACUCAGUGAACCAAUUUGAGAAAGUUACUUGCAAACUAUUGUUAACUUUAUGUUCAGUUUUAACUGUUUUUCUGGGCAUUUUCUCACCUUUAGCCUGGUCACUGAGUCAAACAACAGGAAAUAAGUAACUUCAGAACAUGUGUUUGCUUGUCUGCAGAGCAAAGGAGAGGUAAAGGAAGGAGUAAUUUGAUGUUAAGAGCUUGUAAAGGGCAAUUUGUAUGUUGUGUAAUCUUGAAUUGUGAGGAAACACGGCACACAUGUAGUGUUGUGGUUUUCUGUUUACAGAAACUCUGCUUUCAAGUUUAGUUUUUUAUGAAUGUGCAUGUAACUUUACUCAUGACAGAAAGUCUUACUAUAGAAAGUAGGAUGUGUCCCGUUGGAUAAUUUCCUGUUGAGUUGUAGGAGCGCACACAUCCAGCAGCGUAAUAAUGCUUUUUUUCACCGGUGUAGUUUUAUGUUUUUUAUAAAAGGCACCUUCACAUGAGAAGAGUGUGUUCAAGUUCACUUCCAGCCUUGUGUUUAAUACGAGGCGUUCAGUCUCGUCUUUAUGCUUUCACCAGUCAUUCACAGGAUUUGAACCGGCGACCCCGUGACUCCACGCCUGCCUCUCACGCCUCCAGGCGAGCGGCUCCUCUUCUUCUUCUAUUAUAUUUUAUUUGUCUUGCUGGCACCACCUUGUAGCUUGUUUUUAUUGGACAUGUCCUUCAGCACCGUGUUUAGCAGUCUCCUCCCCUAAACACAUAAAAUUCCUUUAUGUUCCUAUUACUUGAGUUUAUGAAGAGCAUCUUCAGCCCCCUUCCCGCUGAUACGAUCAUAUUGAUAGAUUGAUAUUGGGAGAGCUGGAGUGUGAUAAAGGCGCGGGGGUUAAGAGCUUCUUGGAUAGUUUAACCUUGAUAAAACAGUUGUUUCAGUGAGGCUGAUUUCGCCCCAUCCGUCUUCAUCCGUCAAGGCCCCGCUGAAGUAUGCAAAUGAAGGCAGUAGAGGGAAGCGCCGUGUGCGGUUAAAUGGGGCGUUGCGAAUGUGCGGUGUACCGCGCCGACGGGGUGAUACUACUUACUGUCCAAAUUUAGUGUGUCUCUUCUGAAACAUCCUUCCCCCCUCUCUCUCUCUCUCUCUCUCUUCCUUUUUGUCCGUGUUUCAAGAAUAUAUACAGCCUGAGAGGAACUGUGGCCUCUCGUAAAAUGAUUACAGCUGUGGCGGCAGCAAAGCUCUCUCUCUGCUGGUACAUGUGUUUGUGCAGAUUUUAAUGUUUGUGAGUGGGAAUUUAGCGACUGCAGAUCCCUGUGUUAUCCCUUUAAGUGUGUCUCAGUGCGUGCGGUAUCUGUAUUUACAUGUUGCAGCGGGUUUUAUUGCAUGCUCCAGCCAUACAUUUAAAAAAUAUGGCUGUUUAUUGCGCUAAUUAGCGAGUCUGGAGGUGUAAGGGUAAUAAUCUUUAUGAUAAUAACUGUUUAUGCCUUAACACAGCUCUCCAUUCACAGUUUAUUUUGCUCGGGCAGCUUCAUUUGCCUGAUUAGUUUUGUACCUACUCAGCAGCAUUAAGGAUGUUUUUCAGCGUGUGUGUGUGUGUUUGAUUCUCUCAUUUAUCUCAUGUGUCGGCAUAUUGAUUGAUUCCCCCGCUCACUCAUUAUUUUGUUCUGUUCCUUACAACUCAUUUUCAGAAAAGUAGGGCCAGCUCUGAGGCCAGAAACAGAUACCACGUCUCUUCUUUCUGCUGUCUGACUAGCCACCACACACAUAAAGCUGUCAAUCAGCAGCUUCCCUGCCUGCCCUUUGUUAUGGAACGCCAGCUCUGUGGGUGGGUCCUCUGGGUGAUAGAUGGCCCAGAGAGCCUAUCGGACUGCAGGAAGCAUCCAUCUCUGUCUGGAGCCUGUUAAACAAGCUUGGGAAAGCAGCCAUGUAGUCCUAACCACCACUGGCCUCCACUAAAAAACCCCAUUAACAUUAAUGAAGGAUAGCUUUAAAAGUUCUUCAGUAAUAGGCUUGAAUUGGAUUUAUGAGUCGGAUAGUUUGCCAGAGAGUACGUCAUGAAAAGUGUCAGGGGUAGAUAAAUGGAAAUGAGCAUUUGAAAGGUCUCAGGACUCUGUUUCUGUGAGAAUCUCAGCUUAGCUUUGAAACAUUUUCUCAAAAAUCUUACCCUCAAGGUCUAAAAUCAAGCGUCAAGCUCAGGAGUGUGUGAGAGAGGGAAAGCAAGGUGUUUGAUGUUUUAAGUGACUGCAAAGAUAAAGCUGCUCAUCUUACACACACUCUGCUUCUUCUUCUUUUUCCCAAGAAAAAAAAAAAAAAACAAGUUCUUAAUACUUUUUUUAAAAGCUCUUUCAUCCUAGGUGGCACUGGCUAUUUCAAUACCUUGCAACUACCACUUUACCUGUCUGCGAGGUCCCUAUAGAUGGCUGAUGUGAAACGGCCAUUAGCCAGCCAAUUCCUCAGCCGCAGAUUACUGUGCCAGUACGUGGUAAUCACAAUGUUGAAAAAGGUCUGAUUGCACUCCAUCCAACCUACAAAGUGUGGCAUAAAUGGGUUUUUCGAAGGUCUGCAGUCGGUUGUUGGUAUGUCAUCAUAGUGCAUUAGGACUGUCAGCGGCAAGAUGGCAGCUUUUGAAGCCUCUUUCAUUUUGUGUGAAUGUUAAAAGGAUGCAGAAAUACACUCAGACCGAAGCGAGAAAACAAGGCCCGCAUGAGAUAUCUUAGUGCAAAUAAGCCCAUGUAUGAGCUGCCGCAUGGAAAUAAUACAGUUCUUUGUAAAUAUGACUAAUUCAUGCACCUCUCCUCCCCCCUCUCUCUUGGUUUCUCCCCCCGCUGCUCUUUCCCUCCCAUCUCUCGCCUGGUCUGCUCCUUGCUAACCUCUGAUGUCAUUAGCGUUGGAGGGAGGUUGAAGGAAGAGAGGGGUGUCUUUUCUUAAUGAAUUCCACUGUGUCUUAGCAGUUCCCCACCUAGUUAACCUAGCCCCCCCCACCCCCCAAUGCUCAAGGUGUCAAAUUAGAGCAGCUGGGAAAGGGGAGAACAAGGAGAUGGACAAGGUACAUCUCACCCCACCUCAUUUCCUCACUCUCCUUCAAAUCACCUCAUACAACAUGAGAUUCAUGGAUAGUAUCCAUGUAACAGCUAUGCAAAAAUGGUUGGAUGCACUCCACUUAUGCACUUUAUUGAUUAAGAAGCUGUUACUGCAGUUAAUGCAUCAUGCACUGAAUAUAUGGUCAGUGAGGAAAUCACCCUCAGGUGCCUGAAUUUUGUUAUGUGUAAUAUUAUGAACAGUAAGGAUGCUGCAUUAUUGAUAUUUUGAGACUAUAACAUCGUAUUAGUGUAGUACGGAUUACUUAAAAAUAAAUUGGCAAAACAUCUACAGUUGCUUUUUUUAUGGCUGUUUAGUGUCACAUGACUGUGGAGACCUAUCAUACAUGAGGAAUGAGUGCUUAGACUCACAAUCACCCCUGAACAACUCUUCCUUCUCAGCUCUCUCGUGGACUAAUCAUCUCUUCCUCUGCCUUAAUUUUCAAAAUGUCAGACUUUUACUCACCGGACUUUUCGUUUCAUCACAGUUUGAAUAUUUUUAAGAAAACACCCAAACACCUCUCCUGAUUUUAAACACUCCUGGAAGUGUUUGUCCCUGAUGUUAUACUCACCACCUCACUUCACACCUCCUGCAUGCGUCUGUCUGUACAUUGUAGUUUCUAUUUGAAUUUUCAUUUCUCUCCAUCUUCCCUGUUUGAAAAUGUCAUUUCCUGAGGUGGCUGUUUCAUAAUAAAGGUAUUCCAAUAACACAAUGAGGGACUUUUAUUGUGAAGAGUUUAUCAGAAAUGACACGUGUUCAUCAUCCCAUUAAAUGAACUUUAGUGAAGCUGUAUAUUAACAGUGAUUGUUGGGGGUUAGAGUUGCCACUUUGACUAUGAUUGACAGCCACAGCCAUAUGUGAUAUACUGAAACUCAGUUUUCAGCAGUUCGACCGUUUUUAUUAAAGAUUUAAAUCCCAGCAGCUGAGUUUCCUGCCGACAUGAAACUUAAAGGAGCAUGUGUGAUCUGUGAAGAGAGUGUAGCUCUGCUCAGACCAGGAUGCAGUCCAGUCGUUAUCAUCACUCUAUUACUCUAAUUUUCUUUACUCCCUGCUGCGGCUGCAUCCACAUUGGGGGAAGUAUAUCUCUGUCAUGUUAGGACUUAAUUAAUAAUGUGUAUACACAAAAACAGGUCGGCAUGCAUGUUUAAAAGCUUCCAUCAUCAAUACUCCCAAUGAGCAUUUUUUGGUCUAAAAGAGGUCUAAUAGACGUCUAAAUGUAGCCUAGACGACUGGUCUAAAAUCAGGCUACCACAGGUCUAAAACUUUUCUAGACAUCUAAAUUUAGACCAAGUCUAAAUCUGGGCUGUAAAUAUACUACACUGUAUAUUGCUCAACUGCAGUCAUAAUUAUUUUGGUUAAGUACUUGGAGAUCAGUUAUGCAAAUAAAUUAUUUGCAUAAUUAUUAUUAUUUAAAUAAAUAGUUAUCGAAUAGCGGGUUAAAGUGCAACGUCUAAAUUCUGUCUAAAAAUAUACAGAAUCUAGACGGUUAACAUUUGGUCUAAAAAAAAACAAAACUAGAUGUCUAACAGCCGUCUAUCGCUCAGUGGGCUAGUAUAUUGCAACUGUCCUGAUUUGAAUCGAAACCAAAUCUUUGCAAAAAACAAAGAUAAAUAAGUGUAACCCAACAUUAAAUGCAUGAUAACAUAAAGGAUCUACACACUGAGGCAAUAGCAUUACUUUACUGACCCUUCAAGACAACUCUGGUAAUAAGACCCUGUAUCAAACUAUCUUUAGAAAAUGACCCUUUGAGAACAAAUCUUGUUUGUAUAAAGAAAAACAUGAGCUGAAAAUUACAUAAAGUGCAUUGUUCUCUAAUUUUCUUAUCUCUUUGAGACUUUAUUUGGAUUUGGAUUAAUCAGCCAGAGCUCCAGUCUUGUUUCAAACCCUCCCCAACUUCAUUGACCACAAACAGAUUUACGUUUCUUAAAUCAGUGCAGCUGUAAAAAGAAUAAUUCCUUCACUGUAAUACUUCAAACAUCAUGUUGCAUCAUUUAGGAGCGGUAUCUCAUUACCAGAAUAUGUGGAACUGCAGAGGGGAUGGAGAGGAGACUCUGUCUGCCGUUAAGGUGGACUAAUGUCUAACUGUGGAUGUAAAUUAGAAGAAGGACUUGUUUGCUUCACGUUGGAAGAAAUGGAUAGACUUUAUAACACCACACAGACCAGACUUUGACUUGGUUAACUUAAAUUAGUAUACUGUGUAGCACUGAGCAUACCGUACUCCCUACAGGUUCAUGUCUUUAUGUUCCUAUUUAUUUUUACUCCUUUACUACCAGAAAAAGGACAUUCAUGCUGACACUCUAUGAUUGAUACAUUUCACAUUUAUUGCAGAAUGUCAAUAAAAAGGUAAAUUAAAAAAAAAAGGUGGACUAAUGUUUGUAAGCUAAACCCGGACUUACUUUCUCUACCUUUGGUUCAGUUCGAGGCUCUUUUCCACCCUCGUACGUCCCUUCAACAGCCUCCAGAAAUGAGGACAUGAUCUAGUUGUGUUCACUGUAUAGUCAUAGUGGCAGUGAUAUUAUUUCCGACUACUCUGUUGCUUUGCAGGAAACAUCUUUGUGUUAUGUCACAUCCUCUUUAGGCAUUCUCAGGAGUGAGAAAAGGCGCCACCUAAAGAUGCGAUCCGGGCCGCCGAUGGCAGUUUUUCAGCACGUUUAAGUGUUUCAGGGUGGAUAUUUCAAAGAGCCUAGAAGAGUUGUUGUUGUCUUCUUCACCCAGGCUUUUAAUGGCUGGUAGUCCUGACUCAACAGAGAGCCGGCAUCCCCCCGUGGCUGUGCUUACUCACUCCUGAGCCCGGCGUUUAGUUUUCCUUGGCAGACCCAGGCCACAGCUCAUUAGACUAAGAGAAUGUGCCUGCCUUAAUUAAUGAUAUGUAAAUAUCCUUGAAUUGGCCACAUUUGCAUAUUAAGAGAGAUUUGUGGAAUCUGUGGAGUAAUAUAUUUUAAUUAGGGAUUAAUUAAAAAUAAUGGGAAUUUCAUUUCGCCUGGCAGGUUGUGUUUGGUGUGAAGCGUGCGCCGGGGCCUGGAUCUUUGAACGCUAAGGCAACGAAAGACAUGUGAAGGAAGCUCUGCUUUUCCACCUGCUAUCUGUGCUGCAUACAAACACGUGUGUGUGUGCCUUCAGACACACACACGCACGCUCUGGCAUCACAUUCCUUGAGAUGCCAGAGCCUUCCCAGGGGGUCUCCACAAAGCGCUGCAGCUUUGAAAUGCGGGUGGGUAGAGGAGGGGGAUCCAGCUUGAACACCCACAAUAUGUUUUUGGGGACGGUCCCAGUUUGGCUCGAUUUCAUCUCCUCUCAUCUUUCAGUUUUUUUCCCCUUGUAGUUUGGGAACGGCUCUCAGACACGGAACACUAGUUAUGUUGGCAAUUAUGUUAAUGGAAUGCCAUUAGGCCAUGAUUGUGUAUGAGCGAACGGGGAGAGAGGGCACGUUUUCAGAGACCCGAGUCAAUGUCUGCUUUGAUCUACUUCUAGGAGACUCUUUGCCAAAAAUAUUUUCCAGCAUUUUCUCUGUUUUUUCACUCGAACAUCUUUAGCACAGCAAACAGUUUGACCGUCAUGUCAGGGGUUGCUUCAUUUCGAGCUGUUUGUACUGUGUAAUGAUGUACUCAGAGUGUUUUUUUCCUCUGACAGCUGUGAAAAUAAAUCUAAAUAGAGACAAAGAAACCAUCUGUCAUCAGCAUCACUAAUAGCACUGAUAGCACAGCCACUAUCACGGCAUCUCCAAGGUGGAAAUCAUCCCCAUUACCGAGCAUCAAGGCUGCUUCCUGCUUCCUGAUGCUCCUUGCAGCAGCAGCAGCAGCGUCGCACACAGACACGCUCUUCUCUGUUUUACUCAAUCCGCAAAGAUGGUUUUUUGAUGCAUUUUUCAGUCAUUUUCGUGGAGCAGCAGUGGGCUCUAAAUGUCUGUUUUUCUUUAGGCUCAAAGAGGAGAGCUCCUUUGGCAUUUGUGAUGUGUCGUCAGCGCGCUGAUGUUAUUGAUCCAGGACCUUCCGAAUUCAUUAGGAGAUCCAGCACAACUGUGCUGCAUCUUUAUUUAUGUUGCUGCCCCCUCCCUGGCCUGCCUCUCUCUCUUUCUCUGCUUCACUCCCUGUCUGCCUUCCUCUUUCAUCCUCCAUGCAUUAUUCUUUUAUUAUUCUUUUACAGCCGCCUUAUCGCCCGCAUUUUGGUGAGGAUAAGACCUGUCAUCUUUGGGUCUUGUCUGGGGAGAUGAUGGGAGACUUCAAGGGGGAGGAGGAGGGAGGAGGGUGGGUGUAAAGAAUGCCUGCUGUCCCCCUUUUUUCCCCGCCUGAAAUGGACCUUUCUCUCUCUCUCUCUCCCUCUCUCUCUCUCUUUCUCUUUUUUUCUCCCUCCCUCCUCCUCCACCUUGCUCUCCCUCACUCUCUCACUCUCGCUGUCUCUCUUUGUAAUGAGAAUCUCUCCCUAAUUGAGGGAGCUGCAGCGCGCUGGCCGAGGGCGGCGGGGUUAGAUUGUGAUACUGGCUACGUGACCGUUAUGCUGAUAGAGGUGGCAGAUCAAUAAUUUAGGCCCUGACCUUAAUGGUGGUGUUAAAACGCUCAUUCCUCUGGAGUCUGGAGGCCUUAAAGGUGCAGAGUUGGAUAAAGCCGCUGCCGAGCUGUGGAGGUGGGAGUGGGGGAUGGUGGGAGAAGCAGAUAAGAAGAGAGAGGUGGAGGAAGCUGGAGAGGGAGAGAGUGUAUUUUGCAGUCAGUGUGUGAAAGGAGGGAUCAUGAGUGAUGUUUUUCCUGCUUCUACAUUCAGGCGCUCACAUUGUCACCAACAUUCAUCCUCUUAGUAUCUAUACUGUAUGAAUGCCAUAAGCUUUUUUUUCCCUCGCCUGUAUUUGGUUGUAAUCCGUUUUCAUAAGCAAUCCUCCACCCAUUCUCACUGCUGCACUGAAUGCAUCACCAGACACCAGAAGUGAACAAAGAGCGCGGUAACGAGUGGGUUUAAUCUGGUUCUGGGCUCGUCUUGUGCUGCCUUGCUUCAGGCCAUGCAAGCUGAGAAUUUGGACAGCCAUCGAUUUGAUUCUGAGGGACAUUAACGUCACGGCCUCAUGCGUCUCUCUGAAUCUUUAAGACCCCGACUCAUUCCCUGCUGGCAGGAUGCGACCAUCUCAGCCCCCCCACCCACACCCACCCACCCUCCGCCAACCCCCCACCUCCUCCACACCCACCCACCCACCCUGCCACCACCCUUAGGGGAUGAUAUAUUAGAUAUAACCAAUUCAAUUUUAUGCAGCCAGGACAGACGCCCUGGGGACAUAAACACACACAUUUUUAAUACACUCCUCACCAGGAAGCCCAACGCGCCGGAGCCUGCGGCUGCCCUGGGUCUCCUCUCACACUCAAUUAUUAAUGUAACGGCCAUAGCAGCUUAAUUAAAUAAUAAAGACAGGCUCACUGCAAAGGAAUGGGCCAAGGACAAGUCAGAAAGGAGAUGUGGCUUCUGUAAAUGUCUGAUUUUGACAAAUAAAGACUCAGGGCUGUAAAUACAUGGAAUUGCAAUAACGGGCAAAAUGUCAAGUAAUACAUGAAAUAUACAUUAAAGGUCUUUUUUUUCCCAGAAUGAGAAAUCAUUUAAAGGAAACAGAAGAGUAAAUUCGGUCUAAAUUGCUCUUUGAGUGUUUUUGUCUCAUGAUGUUUUUUCCAGAAACCCUCCUGUUGGAAAAAAAAAAAAAUCAUGGAGGAGCGUUGUAGACUUUUGGCUUGAAGUCUCCGAUCGCCUCAUAAAUCAAUUGUCUUGAGAGUUGGGUCAAACAGGCUGGUGAUACCUCAACUACAUAAAAAGAAUGAUUUCCUCAUAUUAUGGAUUCCUGCCACCUCAAGGGCGAUGCCAGAGGAAGCACUCUGUCUGCGAUGUGAUGAAAUGUGGCGUUAUCUUUUACUUUGUUUCAUUAGAUUCACUGGAGAUUACACCCUCUACCCUCAAAGACUUGAUUUUUCCAGCUUUUCCAAAGAUGAGAGAUCUUCUGGCCUCGGGGCAAAAAAAUAUAUUUCCAGCUCCCUUCCCCUGCUCGUUUCUUGCAUGGGGUUCAUGUCUGUUUUAACUCGCAAUUAAUUAUUUAAAUUCAUUUUGAAAUGCAGGGUUACAUUUUGAGUGGCUUGUUCAAAGGCAAAAGCACUUUUUCCCUACUAAUGGCGAGUAAGCCCCACCAUUAGAUUGAAAAAUAGGCCCAUUGUGUGUGUUGACUUGGUGGUGUACCGCGAUGAAGGAUUGCGACAAACUGGAGUGUUUAAAUCGGCGAAUUGAAAUUAAUGCCCUCUCAGAGCCGGGCUUGCUGACGAUACAUUAAACCUAAUACUCCUGCGAGGUCGAGCAAAUGUUUGUUUAUUUACAUGAAAUACGCCGGGAGAGAAUGAAAUGAUUGGAUUUUCGCCCAAGUAAACACUUAUAUUAAAGGCAGAGACAAAAGGAACAAUUGUGAUGCAAUGAUGUGUGGGCGCUCUUUCCCUGUAUUGUUUCUUCUUCUACUUACACAUCCUGACAUGCUUCCUUUACUUUUUACUUAUCUUCUACCACUCUUCCUCUUUUUCGGCUUACUUUUUCCCGCUUCGAUUUUGAUCAUUCGGCUUCUUAUUUCUUCUCCGGUUGCCGCGCUCUUUAAGUACUACUGUAUGUCCCUUUCCUUUUCUCCUCUGACACAUUGAGACACUUUCAAAGGUCAUGCCUUCAAGUCUUUCUUGUCACAUCACUUAUUCAGGCUGGUUUUUAUUUAUUCAUGCCACUUUUUGAUUUUAAUAAUUUAAUGCAGUGAAAUGUUUCUUUCAUACAGCUAUAAAGUGCUCACGAGGGGUUGUUGACGUCUCUGAAAAUAUGGUUUUACGGCUUCUUUAUGUGGACAAUCCGGCAUGUAAAGUGUGAGCUGCUGCUGUCAGUUAAAGAUGUAUUGAUUGAAAUGAUCCCUCGCUCCCCGUGCAGCCAGAGGGCCGCUCAGGUGCUGGGGCAGUGUAUAAGAGGCUCUUUUUGUACUUUUUCUUUUUCCUUUAGAAUUUAACGCCAGCGGCUGAGAGUGGUAUUUAUUUUCCUCACACUCUGCUCUGCUAUCCUGGACUUGGCAGAGUGAUUCUGUAGAAUAGAAACAUUAUAGACUGUUAGUGUCAAAGUGUUAAAUGUGAUGUAUAGAGCUGGGGCUUUCAGAAGGGGGAGGAAGAGGAGGGGAGGGGUAGGGGGGGUCGAAGAAGAAGAGGCGGUUAGGAGGUGAGCACCGGCAGCCAUAACUGGAGCAAGGUGCUCAUGGGAGAGAGAGGAGCCAUCCACCAUGUGAGGGAUGGAGGGGUAAUGUGGCGGGAGGUAAUGGUUUUUUCUCAGUCUGCUGAAACAGAGGGGAGAUCAUUAGGGGGCCGAGGCUGCCGCACCGAGCCGUCCGUUUACCCCGACUCUGCUGGCGUCUCCUGUCAGAGUGGGGACAUGGAGACACUCAUUGUGUUUGUCUGUGUGUUUUCACUGAUGCUCCAAAGAGGCACCAGUGUUUGAUUAUUAUUUCUUGCCUUAUUUUUUUCUUGCAGGAAUGAUAGACCCUGACACUUUGGCUUACAGUUGCACUCAGAUAUUUUCUUACCGAGCGCUUCUCCAGCUGUGAAAUCGAAUCAAAGGCCGAGGCUAGACCUGAUGACAAAAACAAAACUCCUUGACUUCCCUUUUGCUAUUCAGGUCUACAUACACCUCAGUUGUUGCGCGAAAAAACAAAGAUAAAAACGUGUUUAGAUCUGAGGCUAAAAAGUGAUUACUCCUUUAUUUCAUCUGGCUUUGAUUAAUAAAAAAAGAUCACACACUAUAGUCAUAGAUUUUACGUUACAAGCUGCAACGUAGCUCAUCUUUAUAGUUCAAAACUCAAGUCCUGAUCAAAAGAGGGACUGACUUCAGACAGAGAUAGUUUGAAAAGCAUGCAGAGGAAAAAAAAAAACCCUCAGAUUUCAAAAACAAAGAAUGACUAUGGCAAAAUACAGAUACCUCCUGUUUUUUCCUGGAGGUUAUCAUCCGCUCUGGUCUGUUUUUGUUUUCUUGACAAAUCAUUUAACUGUUUGACAUUUAUGUCUUACUGCAGUUUGCGCAAAAAAAAAGAGAAAAAAAAAACCACAUUAUAGCUGCAAAUUUUCAGACUAGACAUCUUGUUUUGGAGCGCUGCGCAUGCAAACACCUGUCCCUGAAUGUUUUGGGAGGUAUGUGGUUUUCUAUAUUCAGCACCAGUGUCUGAACUUUAAUUGCGUGUAAAGACAGUCAUGGUGUGCUUUUUGCCACCUAUGUUCAAGAUAAAGGUGUGCUUUGUGCGUCAGCAAGGACUCCUCAAACCCCAGUUAACAGCACUUUGAGCUGUCGGUCGAUUUUUGCCCUGGUGAGCCUCCAGCCCGGCGUGACAGAGAAGAUUGGACGUCAUUAAUGUCUACACUAUCUCUGCUGUCUGAAGAGGGGAAGGGGUGUGAAAUGGGCUCUGUUGCUGCCAAAAGCAUGGAUGGUUAUUGUGUAUCUCCAUCCUGCAUGAAGGACCUCAAAGAAGACCUGCAUAUUCAUCCUGUAGAGUCACAUCCAGAUGCUUCUUUUCUCUUAGUUUUAUAUGCCCUUGUGUUACAGUUGAGGGUCGCUGGUGAAGUCGUGUCUCCUAAAAAAAAAAAAAAAAAAAGAUCCUCCUUGUAUCACUGUCAAGACUCAUUCAUGCUCCGUGAAGGAAAAAAAAAAGCUCCUGAGAAAUAUGAUGGGCCCCCCUGUAAAAUGGACCAAUUACUCCCCAUUGACAAGCUUCAAAAUCCGUUUUUAUUGGCCGAUCCAGCCAAAUAAAACUUUAUUACACGAGAGGAAAGGGACGCCGUCAUUUUUGCAUAGCUUUUCCAAGCCCGGCGUUUAUAUGAUCCUGGUUAUUACACCUCUGUGACAUUUAAACUUUAUUGAACAAGACUUUAAAAUCUGUAGGCAGUAUAUAAAAGAUUGAGGAAUUUAUUUCUUUCAGAUGGGACAAGAGGAAUAGUUUUGACAGGACAGCAGCAGGUUUAAAUGUUUUUGUUGGCUCUUUAAAAGAAAAGCGUUUUAAAAUAGAUGCCUGUUUCACUUUUAAAUUUGUAUUUUAGACGGACACCAACAAGGGAUGUUAUUAUAGAGUCAUUCAUCAUUUUCUUUUUCUACUUAAUGAAAAAAUAGCUAAAGUUCACAUUCACUUUCCUUAAUGAUAUCAUUAAGUAUCACAGACAAACUGUCAGCAUGGUGGACAAUCUAGCAAAAAUAACAUCACUGGAUUAUACUUGACAAGCUGUGAAAGAACAACUCUUCUUAACUAUAAUAAACAUUGGUUCAUUUCCCCCAAAAUCAAUGUAUUAUUUUGUUUUUAAUAAGAUAAACGCACGCCGCAAUUUUGCAAAGCGUAUGGGGGAAAUCUAUUUUUGGCUCCUGUUUACAAUACCACAAAAGGAGAUACAAGCCGCUCAAGUUUUAAUUCUACAUGUCUUUAAAUUACAAAUGUGUUUCCUGGACAGCCACACACAGAGAGAAACUCCAGCAGAAACAGGAACAGCAUGGGGAGGAAGGUCCUGCCCCCCUCCUCUGUGUAAUUAAAAGGGGGUGUCUGUCAGGGGCUGCUGCUGCUUUGUGUGGCCCCAUAUGUUUGGGCGCUGAUACAGGGAGGAUUAUUCUGUUUGGAGGCCUGAUAACAGCCUGUUUAUAACCUUGGCACAGGCUGGAGCCUAAUCUGGCAGCAGCACAUCUCUCCACACCUCCACCCCUCUCCUACCCCCCCUUGAAAUGUUCACAGAAAAAAAAAACAUGGUGGCUAUUUUUUCUGUCUCACUUGUGACCCAAAAAGACUUUUUUUUUUUUUUUACAGUACAGUAAAUUCAGAUACUGAUGUGAACAGGGGGAAAUUUAGUGCAACAUGUUUAUUUUUGGCAGUCUCCUUUACAAGAAUAAAUACGGUAUUUUUUUUUUCUCUCUUUCCUGCACAUAUUCUUCUUUUAAGGUUUCAAAGUGUGGAGUUGUACAGAACCCCUCACACAAUCUCUCUUUUGUUCCUUUUCUCAUUUCACUUUUUAAUCUACAGGCUGAUUAGUCCUUUCUUUUGUUCUCUCUCUGUGUUGCUGCCGUACUGCUUUUCACAUGACCGUGUGUGUCGUGGUUUAAAUUCUGCUGCUGCAAACUGCUUUAUGAUUUUAAGUCCUUUGUGCCUUUUCAAAUAGCAGCUCCAAAUGGUUUCUCUUGAACACUUAAAUGCUGCCUUUCCUGAGCUAAUUGCUUCAUGAUUGAUUUUAUGAAAUUAAUUGAACACUUGUUGCCCGGUAUGGAGGCUGAAUUCUUAAGAAAAUAUGAAAGAACUCUAACUUGCGUGUGCUGGAUCGGUGUUGUCAUGUCUAACACAUGAAUUUCAUUUCCCUUCUAUACUUUUCUUUUUGCUUCAGAUCGCCAGUGGUCAAAUGGAGCUUUAUACAUUCACUGUGGUGCAGUUUUGAAGGGAACAUUUCCAUUUAUGGUCGUACAUACUUCAACACUUCAGUGCAGCAACAUUUUGGACAGAAAUGUGAUUUAUUUAAACUGAAUUACGUCAUCAUUUCAGCUCCAUUUAAUUCUGGUAUUUAGUGUAUUGAUAAUUCAAUUCCCAUAAUGUAGUUGUGGCAGGAUAAUAUGAUUAAUAUGUCAUUAAAUCAAUAAACCUGUAACUGGCAAUGUAACACAAUUUGGCUCAAUGAUUUCUUUUGCAUUUCAUGGACUUUCCAGCUUGACUUUGGUGCUUUUUCUUUUCACUGAGUAUUUUGACACUUUUUUUUUUCAUUACUUCUAAAAUCUGGCUGCCUGAAUUGAAAUCUUCCUCCACCACAGGAGAUAGCUAGGUAAGAAACAAUAACAGUUUUUUUUUUCUUCUUUUUCAAAAAUGUAAGGAGGAAAAAAAAAAUCGAAAUUGCAGCUCCUUGUCCUCAACCUGACUCAUGUAAUCGUCUGCAAGUGUGGCGUUAAAUGUUCACGUUAAUAAGAGGGUUCCAGCCCUGCUGAUGAGUUUCCAGCGUGCUGAAUAAAAGUCACUCUCGGUAAUGCACUGUUCCACAGCGAGGACCCUUAACCGGCACGCUGUGGGGAGAGGGAGCGCUCGGAGUGGCAGGCAAAGAGAACUGUCAACCUGUCACAUUUCUCCCUCCUCUUCCCCCUGAUAAAUUAAAGUUACACAGUGUGCGUGUUGUAGCAGCGGAAGGCUGUGCAGAAAGCCUGGCUCCUCAGGUCUCAGGAGAUAGCUGGCAACUAGGUCAGACUGAUAAUGUAAUCCGCUGACUGGAUCCUCAGCCCACUACGCCCAGGGAGAAAAGCAUGACAGGAAAAAAAACGGGAAUGCAGGAUGGAAAUAUGAACUUUUAUGUGCUGUUGCACUAACUCUGCAUUACCUUAGCUAGCACCAACUAAUUAACUUUAUAUUGGAGGUAACGUCCAUGCGGUCUUUUGUGAGGACAUGAUAACAAAUCCAGCUGGAACAUCUUUGUGCGUCUGCGACUGCAAACACCUGAUUAUUCGAAAAGUGUAAUCCAUGUCAAUAUACCUCGUACGCUUCAUGGGAGAAUCUUAUUUACACCGAUUCCUUUAGGGCUGAAACGAUUACUCGAGUAACUCGAGUAACUCGAUUAAUAAAAUUCCUCGAGGCAAAUUAUAUGCCUCGAGGAAUCGUUUAAAUCCGGAACCAUGUGCAGCGCACGGUGUUUGACACGGACGAGCGUUUACACACAUACAUACUAAAUACCCCAGAAUGCAUUUCGUGCCGGCCGGACGCAGCGCCGGGAAAAUUUAAAUAGUCCUACCACAAGCUACAUAGAACGACUGCAUACCGGACAAAUUAUAUAAAUUCAUUCAAUAAUAAUAUUUUUUCUAGCGAGAAAGUAAGUGUUUACAUCACGAUUAUGAGCCCAGUUGUUUGAAAUAGUGGCUGUUUGUAAAUUUGUCUCGGCGUUUUCGGAGACCGAAGCGUCCACUUGGUCGGUGUUUGCGUCUAUUUACCGUAAACACCGGGCAGCAGCAGCUCCCCCUUCACGUUUCCAAAUUAUUGCGAAGUGUUUUCAUAAUCAACACAUACACGACACAAACCGGGCGGCAGUGGAUGAAAAAAAUCACACAAACAUCCGUGUAUCCAUGGUGAUAAUGCUAUACACCACCUGCUAGGCGUGUGAUGAGCAGCAGAGGGCUGCAAAAUGACCAACACACAACAACAUGUAAAUAAAAAUGUAACACUUUUAUAUAUUGAAUAAAUGUACAUUUGCUUGUCAAAUUAUGUUAGUAUCCAAGAAUUAUAUUAUUUCAGCCUAUUAAUUAAACAAGUAAAAUUAGAUCCAAAGCCUGGAAAUAGUUGUGACUGGUUUAGUGAAAACUGCGAAGAUCAUUACCAUAGCAAUUAAAAGACCAUCUGCAGACCUUGCCUUCAGUAGUUUCAUGUGAACUACAUGGUAAAAUGUAAAACUUUUGGUUCCUGAUUUAUGCAGUAAAAAUAUUCAUUUGAAAGACCUGGCCUAUUUCAGUUUUGUGUGUUACUGAUGGUUUUUAAUGAGGCAAACGUGAUUCAAUGCAAAGUAUUACAGUGAGAGCAAAACAUUUCUUAUCCGAUUACUCGAUUAAUCGACAGAUUAAUCGAUAGAGUACUCGAUUACUAAAAUAAUCGAUAGCUGCAGCCCUAGAUUCCUUUUUACUUGUUAUCUUUGCACUGCAUACUGCACCGCACUUCCAACAAAACAGUAUCAUGGGAGAGAGUGACAAGAAUAAGUUCCUGCAUCAGCAAGGUGCAUUUUCAUUCCCAUGCAGAAUUCCAGAGAGGCUUCGUGGGCCCACUGUGACAACUCUGCCUCCCUGCAGGUGUGGAAAUGAAACAGGGCCUAUAAAUAGCCUGGGCAGCUGGGAGAAGAGCACUGUAGAGCAGUGGGGGAGGGAGCGGGGAGGAGGGGGGGGGAGUGGAGGUCCAGCUGGGGAUGCAGGUGUGUAGAGGCUGACCGACAGAAUAUGACUGCUGUCUCACCCAGGGGGCCGCGAGAGGGGAGAGGCUGUGGAGCUGCAGCUCGAUUGAGUUUAGAAAGUGGAGAACUUUUGCAUUAAAAUUCAUAUCUGUAUUAGAUAUGACAGGAAUACAGAGAAGAACCAGAGAGGAGGGAAGGACCUAAAAAAGACCUUAAAAAUGUUCUUCCUUUGUCCAACAUUACUGUUUUUUGAAGAGAUAAUGAGUUUUUCUCCCAAUAAUAAAGCGAAAGAUGGAAAACAAAGAUGCCUAAUAAAACAGUGUCGAGGAAUAUAAACACAUUGUUGGAUGGAGGGACAUUGUCGUAACAUGCAGUUACAAAGCAAAAAUUAUUAUAGUGAAAAUGUAAAUGUUAGUGGUGUCAUGGUUCAACUAAAUGCAACCAGAUCUCUUUAAAACUAGGUUCUAGCAGACUUUCAGGAUAUUAGGACUGAGCUUUAACAUGUGAUCUUUGUCCUUAAGUUCUUCAACAAGGCGGAUGAUCAUCUAAAAUUUAAAGUGUUAAUUUUGCCUGAAAUAAACAGCUGAUAAACAAGAGAAGGAUUGGAUUAUAGUUAUUACAACUAAAUAUAGAGACUUUGUGAUGUGAUACAUAUACUGUAGUCUGUCCGUGGCCGUAUCGAUGCUACAUUUCAAUUUCAAAUGCUGCCGAUAUCAUCAUUAUUCCAGUUAAAUAUCUAAACAGCCCCUAGAGAACAUAGUCCUUUCAUACUAACCGAAAGGACGGCACUUUUCAGUCUCUUUUUCGAGCUCAAACUCUGAACGUAACCACAUCAUGACCAUGCUAGCUCAGCUGGAGAAGUUCACAUGUUUACCUCACUUUAUAGCGCAGUCCUCAGCUCUUAAGCUAGUCGUCUUUAUUAUGUUUUGUAGCAUUUAAGCGGCGUGCUGAUGUUGCCUGUGGUGUUUUCUAUUGCUCAGCAGAUGUGAUGUGAUGUCAUGUCUGCUCUAUAUUGACAGAGCUGACCGCAGAAUCAAAGCCGGAUGUCUUCUGACUGGAAAAGAUAGAUCACCAAAAUGUCGUCUCAGGACUUGUAAGAGGUGCUUCAUUUCUGUUUGUCUUCAAGUAGAGUUUUUGGUUCUGAGUUUCACCCUUUUCCAGCAAGUCUUUGAGGUUUACCUCAGACACACCUUUGGGACCUGGAUGUAAAAAAUGAUGGCCUGAGUUGUGCUUCGAUCUAUCAAGCUACAGCUCAAACUAUAAGCCCGGUGGUACAGCAAUGACAGUGUGUUAAUCUGUGACAAAAGCAUGGAUUAAAUGGGUCGAACAUUCGCUGAAUAUGUCUUCACUGGUCCUCUUGUCAUCCACACGUCCCUCGUCUAAAUGGGAUAUUAGUGUGUCUGCUGUUGCCACAGGACUGUCUGCGUCGCAUAGUAGUGUGCUGCAGUAGACAAUGUGGUGUUUUCUUUCUUUUACAAAUCAAGCUUCAGCAUUUAAGGCCAAAAAUGUUGCUUUGAUUCCCGACGGAUGACUCGAUAUGCUUUAUCAUGUAAAUGACGUCUAGCACUUGCACGCCGGUGCUUGCAUUAAUGCAUUAAUUCAGUACUAUAUGCUUUUUUUAGCUGGAGGCAGGAUGACACACUGUCAUCAAAAACACACUCCUACAGCCUGCUAACAGACCCACUCAGACACUCAGACACACAUUUCAGUGGUGAUUGACAGCAGGAGCUGCAGCUGACCCAGUAUUCUGCUUCAGUGGGACUAUCCCACAGGCCUGUGAUUAAUGACUAAGCUUUAUCCAUGAGUGGGGUGGUAGGACUACCAGCCAGGCCACUGACCGCCUGGACUACUACCUCUCCUUUGAACACACACACACACACACACUCACUUUCUGUCUCUGCCUACAGGCUCUGCAUUGUCAUAUUCAUUACACAGCUCUACGUCUUUGUCCCAGGAUGACCCCUCAGACAAACAGACACACACUUGUAUUAAUACAGCACCACCAGUCUUUUUUUGUACGAUGAAAUAUUGCCACAGCUCUUAAUAUAAAAACAGUGGUCACAUAUUAUUCCCUUCUUUCUGUAAGAGGACACUUAAAAAGAGUGAAAAGAGGCGUUCAGUUUUGAAGGUGAACUUGUGUUUUGGACAAUUACAAGAACAAACACUGAAACCGAUCAUAUGUUGCUUGAAUAGACAUCCCGCUGUUAGUGCCUACAUUUUUUUAAUGCAAAAUUUCUUGUGCUGAUUUUUUUUUUUCUCCAUAACAAACUGUCACCUCUUUGUAAAACAAAGCAGAACUUGUGGAAAAGCAGACGUUAACAAAGAAUUUCUGGUAGUGUAAGAGCUGGAGCCGCUCUCUUUUAAUGGACAGUGAUUCCUCACAGUGUUUUUUUCUCCUGACAGCGAGGGCCAGUCUAAGCAGCAUCACCAGUCUUUCCAAGCACCGGGCCUCAGCAAAAACAGUAAAACCUCGCAGGGAUUUCUGCAGUUGUGACAGUGUCCAAACAAACUGCACACGCUGCAAAACAAAGCCGAUUCGACUCGGCCCGCCUUGAUGGGAAGCUCCCUGAUAAAUGCGAGGAGAGACUGUAUUUCCUGCUGGAGCAAAUCUCUCAAGUGUUACAAUAUUAAUGGGUCCUCUCAGCCUAUCAAACAUGUGGAUGGCAACGGUCCACCUGCCAGAUUGUGCAAUGCAACAGAAAAAGGGUAUGUUUAGCGAUGUACUCCCAUGACCAGUACAUGAGCACUGAGUCACUUGUGUUCCUGUAGUUUGUUCAUAAAGUUCUGCUUUGUCUCGAUAAAAUCAUAACAUUCUUAAGUUUCGUUCUUUGGCUUGAUUGAACAAAGAAUAAGAUAUUGGGGUGGCUGUUUCUUUCAAUUUCCUUUCCAUCUGAAACUCAAGUACAGCUGACAGAUUUGGUUCAGUAGUUACUGCACUUGUUUUUUAAAGCUACUGUGAGGAAUUUUAACUGGUUAUGAAACAGGCAGAAAUCAAAAAUGAUGCCUCAAGAUUGACAAUCACUGUAAUGUCAUUUUAUUACAGUAAUGAGGAGGAGUUGGAUGAUUAAAAGCAUGCUAAAAAAUUCCCUUUUUUACCUUUUUUGUUGCGAGUUUUACAGAGUGAAACAUUUGGCUGUACAGUAAAAGAUAAGCAAAGAGAUGAGAAGUUCUUGUUUGUCCACUAGGGGCACCAGAAGCAACACAGAUGAAAGAUUCCUCUAAGGAGCUGAAAAUAAAUUAUUUAUCAAAAAUAGGUCAGAUAUUUGCUAAUUUAGCCUUAAAAGUAAUGCUGUGUUCGAGUUACCUCGGAUGUCAGAUGUCCAAGCUGGGAAUGACGUCACACCCGAGCUAUCAGCGUUUCAGUUAUCAAGUCGGAAAAAAGCAAAAUCGAACGCGGAAACAAGAUGGCUACAUGUACGUUAAGUUAUUUUAGCCUUUUAGAUAAAUGUAGCCAUCUUGUUUCCGCCUUUGAUUUUGCUUUUUUUUUUCAGACAUCUGACUUUCGAGGUAACUCGAACGCAGCAUAAGACUGCACUAAGGUUCCAUGUAUACAGAUUAACUUAUUAAGUGUCCUUCAUGAAGCAUAAAGAGAAUGAAUUCAUGUGUAAACUGUUUGAAGAAUUAAAUUUGAAGGAAAAUAAUUAUUCAUCAGUAUUUUAGUAGACACCCAAUAAGGGCUGAGACUGUUUGAGGACAUCAACACUUCUCUGAAGGCGAGUGUCACUCCAUCACUCACAGGAGGAAAUUAAAUAUGUCUUCUUAAUUCAACCAAAAUAGCUUUUAACUUCUGAAACAUUUAUUUCUCUCGUCUUAUUUUUCCGUGCCAGCAGACUCAUGCAGACAGCUGACCGGUCCACAGGAAGCACAUAUCCACAUCUCCUUAUCUGUUAGUCAUUGUCCAUUCAUUGAGAUUUGUCCAGAUUAGUGGCUCUGUCUGUUUAUGAUUGAUUUCCAUUCAUGAACUCAAACACGUGCAAAGAUUUACUGCUGUAACUUAAACCUGUGGUAUGUUUAGAGCCACUUUAUUGGCAGCACACUGAUAUUUUUAGCUUGUCCAUGAUUUGUCAUGGGACAACAAAAGCAUCCUUUGUAAUUCAAAGUGAGAUGAACUUGUAGAAAGCUUCCGGGCUUCUGCGCUGGGAGGGAAAAACUUCAGAGUCUGCCAUAAAAAACCUGCGAGUUAGUCUCCCAAACUGUGAAAGAGAUACAAGUACAUGAAAAUCACUGCAUUUAUUCCAGCAGACAUUACUGGAGUGCUCUGAUUGUUUCUGAGUGCUCUGUAACACUUAGCGGCCCAGAGAAGCACAGAUACUGUACAUACAGAUGCUCAGUUUGGAUCUUUGUGCCUAGAAUAGCAAAGACAAUAGGAUCAUAUCUAUUUAUAGAAGAGGCAUUGGCAUAUGGCUAACAUUAUUAUCAUGCCAUUUAAAGCACUCAGUGACCACUUGUGCUUUACGGAGAGGAGCAUUGUCAUCAUGGAAGAUAAUGCUCCCAGCGGGGGAUGAAAUGCAUCAUGGGAUAAUCUAAGUAACCUCUGUGAAUCUUCUCUAAUAGUGGAGUAUUGUUCAGAGUGAAGCGUGUGACUUUAAUCAACAAGCAGCAUUCCUGUGUGUGUUUUUAUCUCAUCUUUGUUUUCUCCCGGACAUGGUGGGGAUGAUGAAGUUCUUUCACGGUGAAAAUCUGCAAGCUAGGUUUACGAUCACGUGUUAAAUGUGUGUUUCGUAUGUUGUUGGGUGAAGCCGAGCACAGCCAAGCAGAACCAGCAGCGCUAUUGUCUAUGAGCGGCCAUAUGGUGGGUGUCCUUGCGUAGUAGCUUAAGGGAGCCUUUCUCCCUGAGAUGAACCAAUUUCGUUCAGAAAUGAGCCUCCCUUCCCUGCCCUCCUUGUUCAUCAGACCCUGCCCCGUCACCCACCUCAGGGAUCGCACAGUGCAUCAGACGGCUCAGAGCAGCAGCGGCAGCCUGGACAUCCCAGGUAGACCUAAACAAUCUCUGUUAUGUGGCCUCUCUGUCUCCCCCUCGUCAAAAAGCCCACCCUUACUUGUCUCGCCCUGCUCCGUGCCUCCAGAUGUGGCUUAAUUUACUGCGACUCUGCUAAUUGCUGUAAUUAAGGAUUAAUUACUGUUAAUUACCUUCGCAUAAACUCAUCACCAGUCAAAGAGCGGAGCCUUAUGAAAUGUGCCAUGCACAGGAACACACACCGCGGGGGGACCGGAGGAGGACUGUGUUGCUGGACCUCUUGUUUCAUGACUUGUCCUAGUGUGUAGGGAGGGCUUGUAGGGCAACGGUUCGGGCAGGAUGCUAACUGUCAUGGACCAUCUCCUCCUGGCUCCAAACAUUUCACACGUCACCUCCUUAACAACUGUUGGCCGGGACAGCAUCACUCUGCUGCCUGUCAUUUUACGAGAUUAUUAGUGAAGGGCGUUCAUUACCCAGAAAAGAAGGUGACAAAUUUUGAUACAUGAGGAAAAUCUAAGCAAGAUUUGUCUGAGGAAAUUGGGGAAUGUUUUAAGGUUUUAUAUGCUAUACAUAAAUGUGACAAUACUGGUACUAAAAUUGUCACAUUUCUUUAUUUUUAAUUGUAGUUUUUCUAAAGUUUGUGUUUUUGGGCACAAGUUUGUAAGUCUAUGAGUCUGUGGUUUAAGUAAGUAUGGGUUUCUAUUGAGCAACUUUAGUGCCCCCCAUAUUCAGAGGCGAUGGUCCCCUCUCGACUCUUGGCCACAACCCAUCCCUACAUGUCUAUCUCCACUUUCUACUCCUGACAUUAUCUGUUUGUCCUCAGCUGCCCCGUCUAAUAAGAGCAAAAACGACCAGCAACUAACAUUAAAAAAAUGAUGUCAUUAAUCAUCAGUCAUACAAUAAUGCAGAAGCUUGAGUUCUGGUAUCACUCAGAUCGUGAUUUAGUUCCUUUUGUUGUUUGACCUCAUGCUGAUAUCUGAUCUAAAUGAUACCUCAAUUGCUUUAUUUUCUGCCGUUGUGAUCACCAUGGCCUCAAGAAAAGUUCAGAAUUUUGACACAUUUUGGACAAAAACGGCUGUUGUUGGAGGGACAGUAUCAAGAACUAGACCUGGGUUUGAAUUCGGGGACCUCGCAUAUCUUAAAAAUACCUAAAAGUAACUAGAAAUGUGAUUCCACGCCGACCUCCAGCAGUGCUUUAUCAACGUUUGUGUGACCCAUCUUCUGUGUAUAUUUAUCCUCUUUUAGAAAGACAGAGAUGCCUUUGUCCCUCUGCUCCACAAGCUUGUGACUUCUCCUCAGACAGUCAGCCAUGCUUGUCUCCAUUGGGCCUGGAGCGGUGAAAACUGCAUGAGCUGGGCAUGAGUUUGAUUCAAUCAAAGGAGAUAUGUAGUUUAAGACACCUUAAGAAAGACUGACGGCCAGGGGGCUAAUGUAUUGCCUAUUUUGAAUAAUGAAUUAUUUUAAUGAAGGCUUUUAAAUGGGAGUGCUGUAUGUUGGUGGCGGGGCGGUGCUCUGAAUGGUCUUCUCCUCUGGCGCUGGCUGCCUCAUUAUCAGGCCAGCCCCUCAGGCCUCAAACUGGCCUGCUUAAGCCUCCGAUGAUGACGAUAAUUACCGUUAUUAGGAGUAGCUGCAGGGGGAACUUGUUCUGAAAAACACCAAGCUGAGUUCUUGCCUCGCUUUAUCGCCGCCACAACUGCUGCAUGAGAAACUACCGAUCGCCAGUGGAGAGAGAGAGAGAGAGAGAGAGAGAGAGAAAGAGAGACAGAGGGAGAGGAGCAGGGAAAAAAAGGAGGGGAUGAGGGGAGCGGCCACCAAAUCCGCCUAAUGUGACGCCUGUCAGCUCGUCUCCCACCAGCUGUCACCUCCCAAAUGCACUGGGGUUCAUUUUUUUAAUUGACACCUCGCUUUCCUAUUCCAUUUCUAUUUUUCGCCUUUCAUUUUCCCUCCAUCACUCUCCUCCCUCCUUGCCCGCACCGUCCACAUCUCCUCGUCUCAGCCUGUCCCUCCAGUACUUCUUUGGUGUUUUUCCUUGUCCUUGGUGUCCCCCCCCACACCCUCCUCACCAUCCCCCACCACCCCUUCACAGUGUCAUAUACAGCACCCUGGCUCUGCCCCCUUUCUGCACAUGAUACAGGAGAUAGCUGAUAAAACAUAAAGCUGUUUUAGUGGUACUUUAUGACUAUGCCCUUGUGUACUGAGGCUGCACAGCUCCCUAUUAUGUGGUGAUGGAGGGAACAGUUUGGGCCUAAGGAAGUUUCCCAUGAGUUCAUAAAUGCACGAAAAACUAUUUUUAGGCUUAUUUAAGACAAUUUAAACAACAUGGUAUUCAAACGACAGCGAUACCUUUCAUGCCAUAAACUUAAGCUCUGCUUAGUUCUUUUAUAAUGUCUUUUCUUCAUUACAACUCAAGUUUAAUUUAAUAGAAAUGACCACAUAUGCAGGAAAUGGUAAAUAAUGCAACAAAAUACUUAUAUACUGUUCUGCGUAAUGAUAAUAGCAUUGCUUAGCCUAGAUGUUUUCCAGUAAAUGAAAAUGACCCUAGAUUUCCAUGUUGGUAGUGCUGAGCUUUGUGAAUGUUUUCUGUUUUUUGUUUCAGCUGAAGUGUUUUAGCAACAGUCUGUUUUUAAACCAUCAGAGAAGAGUUUCCAGCUAGUUAGAAAUCGACCGGAAUUGAUGCUGAUUUCUCCUGAUAACCCACUAAAGCAAACAAGACCAGCAUUGAUGAGCGCCAUGAUUUCUGUUUUAUAAUUUCUAAGUCAGCAAACGGUUCUUCGAGGGUUGGUGUCGGAUGAUGACGUGAUAAACGGCACAAAACAGCCUUUGUUUACAUUUUCAACAGCAAAGAUUCCUGAUCAGUGAUACUUCGGACAAAAGUGGAGGAGACUUUCUGUAGCAGCUUUUUCUACAGGGAUGUCAAAUUGACAUGAGCCCACUAACGAAAUAUUUCUAUUGUUGCGUUUAUUAUGAAAUCGUUCCCAACUUUCCUUCACCUUUAUAUCUCAUUUUUUUUCUGCUUUUCAGUGACUUAAUUGACAGCAAACUAAAUCUCAAAAUUUAGGACUGUGGACUAAUAUAAAAAUUGCGAACACUGUCCUCUGUUUUCUGAUGUUUUAGUACAGUCCUGUUUAUACAAAUUUAUUUAUUGAAGAGUAAGGAUAAUAAUCACACAGAUAUACUAACCUUGAUUUUAGUUUGAUUUCAACCAUUCUUAAUAAUUGCCUAAGUGUACUUUUUAAUUUGUUUAUUACAUAAUUUAAGCUUUAGACUUUAAACUAUUCGAAUACAUACUUUUACUUUUUCUUGUGCCCAUUAUCUGAUUAUUUUGCUGUGUUUAACUUUCAUGUCAAAAUUUAUCCCAUUUUUUAUUUUAAUCGUCUUAAAUCAGUCUCUCAUUUUUAUGAAUGCUUUGUUGUUCAUUUGCUUCUAUUAUUCUAUUCAGUAUUAUUGUAGAUAAAGGUCGGCCUUCUAUGAUCUCUGGAGUCUACAUUUAGGUUCAUUAAUUAGUUUUAUUUCAAGACUUGCUCUUCAAUCUGACAUCUGAUCAUUUAGAUUUAAUUUUGGUUCUUUUAAGUUCAGAUUCUGUCAUUUUAAAUUACUAAAAGUAUGUGUUUGAUAGAGCAGAGUUGAGUAAAGUCUGUUGUUAGUGUGUCAUAUUUUGGAUUGGAAACUGAUUUGCAUUUAAUUCAUAAAAAGCAUUGUGUAUUUAUGCAGUAUUUUGAUGGUGAGGAGAAACUUUUUGGACAUCAGGCCCUGGUUAGUACCACAGCUAAAAUACAGCGUUUUUCGUAGCCUUAGAUGUGGCAUACAUCGAUGUAGUAAUUUGCUAACUUACAUCAUGGGGUGUCAGUUUUGUGUUUGGGCUGAAAGUUUCCAAAUGGAUCAGAUCUGAAGGUGUGAAGUUGGAAUAAAAACCUCUGCAGUCUGUUUAUCUCAGCGAAGUGUUGCCAGUAGCAUGACAUGCUACUGACUUGUUGCAUUGUGGUUAAUGUAGGGGCCACAUUUGUCAAACUGGGGAGAAAGCAGAGUUAUAGAAAAGGUAGUUUUAAGUCUGCUUUACUGUUUUUGAUGUUUUUGUUUUAACUCAAUGCAAAAUUAGUUGGACACUUUUUAAACAGUUGUCAUUAUUUAGUCUUUGAGAAUUUGAAUACAGUCAUUUUUUUGUCAACAUUCACUUUAUUUGGAGACAGGAUUCAUUAUUUACUUGAAAGAAAAGUCCAGAUUUAAUUUAGUAGAAAUGACCGUAUAUACACAGUAAAUUGGAUGUAAUGUAGUAAAAUUCUCAUUCGGUGUCCUCAGGUUAUAGUAAUAAUCCUACUUAUCGUUGUAGUCUCCCUCCGGUGUGUGGGUCAGCAUGAAAUAUACAACAGUGCUACGUUUUAUGAAGACUUCCUCAUCGCGCUUGUGACACAUGCAGAUGAGAGCAGGAUGCUGAACUCCCUCACAGAGCGGGGAGGGAGGGAGGGGAGGAAGAGAGGGAGGGGAGGAGGGGAGGGUUUGUAUUAGUGAUACUUGUCAUGUCUGCUGUAGAUCACGCUGCUUUUUUUCAGGUUCCUAGGUUGUUGUUGUUUUGUCUCAGAAUGCUGUGUGGCAGGGAUGAAUGGUGGUGAUGUUACAUUAUCAUGUGGCUGUCGCUUUCACUCCUGCUGACUGGUCUGUGACAGGCCCACACACACACACACACACGCGCACACGCACACACACGUUAGGUUGUGUCAGGAGCAGGCCUGAUUUAUUAACUGCUGAAACCCUAGAUGACGUGUGCCCACACAAUCAAUAGAGAGCACGGCAGCCACUCUCUGCCCCUCUCUGGGGUCAUGUGAUGUGGACAAGAGCUAGGAAAAGGAAGGACGAACACACACAUAUACACACAAAUAUAUAUACACUCCAGUGCUGCCAAGUGUAUUGCAUUACUGUAUUGAUGGGAAAUGGAUCCAGUCCAGCGCUGGCUGCAAGCUGCCAGUCACAGGCAAGAAGGGUAAACUUUCAUCAUGGCUGUCAGGGACAUCACUGCUGUCUUGUUUGACCGUAAAUCUUCCUAAUUGUGACAGAAUACUUCAACAUCAUUAAUUAAACAUGUUUUCAUUUAAAAGCACUCGCAGGGGCGCCAGGCUUGGUGCUCAGGGUCGUCUGCCUAUGUGCAUAGCUGUGUAUUUUUCCUACGUGUGUGUGAAGUGCUUACGUUCAUGCACACAGUAGAUGUUUGCGUGUGUGUGUGUGAGUGUGUGUUUGCACUUAGAUUCUCCCCUGUAUGAGUGGGUGGCUUAAUCGUCAUGUUUAUUUACACUCUUGUUGUCUGCAAACAGCAGGCAGUGCAGCGAUGGGUGUGAGCCAGCUCUUAACUGAGGUAAAACAGCAGAAAUUAAUUUUGUCAAUAAGCAAAACAAAGACUUAUUCUUAGAAUUCCAUUCAUUAUUCAGGGGGAGGCCGGCUGGAGAAUCGUUUAUGAUAUGUAUACAUUUUUUAUGCGUGGCCUUUUUUUGGGGGGUUUAGUGCCCCACAUCUUAGGGAAGGAAUUAAACAAGAGCAUGCACAAAGGGAAAGGAGAGAAGGAGAGGAGGGAGGGAGGGAGGGAGGGAGGGAGGAAGCGACAGAGUGGGGAAUUGUGUCCUCUCAUUGUUCAAUUAAGUCUGUCGGUAAUGAUCAAGAUUAGAUGAUGGCCAUCUUCCUUUUAUAGAUACUCAUCUGUGACUGUCUAUGGAAAAAGAGAAUUGCAGAGCAGCCAUGCUUUUGUGGCUACUUAAGACAAGACACUGUUUCUUCUUUUUUUUCGGUUAUUCAAAGUCUUUAGAGUCUGUGUGGUGUUCUACUAGAGGUCCUUUUUCUCUGUCAGGUGAUUAUGUUAAUGUAUAGUCCACAGUUUCAGAGUUCACAACCAGCGCUGUGAUAUGCAUUGAGGCCUAAUCGAUUUCAUUGCUAUUACUGAACAGAAAUAAAUAAAGCUGAUGGCUGUGGUUAGGGGUAAUUAUGCCACAGCACAGUGAAUUGUUUGAUUUUCCUUAUUAAUUGUAUUUAUUUAAUCCAUUUCAUGCUUUUAGUUGUGCACUCGGGGACUUGGAGGGAAUGAAUAAAUCACUCUUAGGCUCAUUAGAUUCCCCCUCUGGUCGGGAUGUGCCACUAUUUUGUCAGAAUGAAAUUGGCGACUGUUAUAAUUUCCCGCUGGUGUGCUUCACAUGAAAAAUAUCCACAUAUUUAUCUACCAGCACUUGUGCACAUGCCCCUGCACCCCCCUCGCACACACAGACACACACUUGCACACACGCAUGUGUCUGCUCCCCCAUCUGAACUCCUGACCUUUUCCAGCCGUCUGAUAGCCAUUGACAUUUGCCUCUUGAGCUGAGCUUGCUCACGUGUUGGAGCUGAUGGGAAUGGAUGAUGUUAUUGCUGGAGGAGAAAAAGAGAGGGAAAGGAAACAGGAGGAAGAGGAGGAGAAAGGGAGGGGGGUAGAUGGAAAAGAAGAGGAGGACCGAGGUAGACAAACUCCCCACGCGGCUGCAGGAAUCCAUCUGGAGAAGAAAGGUCACAGGGCGACUCAACCCUACAUCCUCAUUACAAAAAAGAGCCGCCGCUGUGACCGGUGACUGUGGGCUUCAAUAUGGCUUCACUGCUCUGCCACACAACCUGUCAUCUACCCUCACUGUCUGCAGUUAUCAUCGAGGAGAUGCAGGAUGUACUGCUAUGUUGACCCACUGGAUCAGUUUGAUAGAUUAUUAGGGUAAAAUGUGUGUGAAAAAUGUUGUGAAGGCAGCGUGAGCUUUGUCUUUGUCCUUGAAGACAGUGGAGGGAAUGGAGGGCUGCACCUGGUCUUCUGUUUUCAGCACCUCUGAGAAAAGGAGCAGGACGCUCCGCUGCUUUACCAAGGGAGCCUUCUGGUGGCAGGAAGAGGCAGGGCAGUCCGAAUGACGCUUUAAGAAGAAAAAAAUCCCACUCUCUCUAAACUCGAUCUAAAAUCAUCAGUGAGGUAGUUUCUGUGCAGGUUUUGUAAAUAUCCACCUGUGUGCACACCUGCAUUCCUUUGUGUGUACAUGAGGCUGAUUUUGCGGCGGUUGUUUGUUCAUGUCCACCUCAACAGGCCUGUCUUUGUUGUGUUUACACUUCACUCCCAACACCGUGGGAGCUGAGUGUCAGUUGAGAGCUGAGUGCCUGUAGGUGUGUGAAAACAUGCAGGUUCAAACCCCCAAACAAGUGUAAACAGAACCUCGGUGUCAGCUGCAAAAGCAUCUUUUUGUCUCAGUAAAUGAAGAUGACAGCACUAUGAAUACUUCACCGGUGUCAGAGCUGUGAUGUAAGCUAACUUAAGUCAUAGGUAUUUGUGUAAUAAGACUGUUAUUAAACCAUUGAUCCGCAGUAUAUUUAGAUUUUGUGUGUCUACUUUUGAUGUUGAAAGCAUUUGUUCCAGAUUAAAUUCUGUAAUUUCUCUAACUGACUUGCUGGAGCCAGGUGCUUUUGCUUUUAUAUUCAGCGUCUAACUGUGUUAUUAUUUUGUUUUUCUGCUAUGAUAGCAUCUGACAAGAUAAUGAAGCCAUCAGCCACAAACUAAACACAGUCUGAGCAUAAGGAGAGCAAUGAAAGAUGAACUCUGGUGGAGGCUGUGUUAAUUCUUUUUUACAUGAAAUGAUGGCCAGAAUCGAUAAAAUGAUAGUUUUAUGGUCCCGCCUAGCUGCCAGCCUCUGUGAGGCUGCACAUUUUUAUUACGCAGACUUGAACUAUUAAAAUGACGGCAAUAUUUCAGAGAGUUCACGUAGUAAAGACUCUUUCUAGUCAUAGUGAUAGUCUUACUUCGCUGUUGGAGCAUUGUUUUAAAAUGCCCUCUCCCCUUUCUUCCGUAGUGCUCAGUAUCCGUGGCGCCCAGGAGGAGGAGCCUCCAGAUCCGCAGCUGAUGCGACUGGACAACAUGCUGCUGGCGGAGGGCGUGGCCGGGCCAGAGAAAGGCGGUGGGUCGGCGGCUGCGGCGGCCGCAGCUGCAGCCACGGGCGGUGUUGGUGCGGACAACUCUGCAGAACACUCCGACUACCGGGCCAAACUGACUCAGAUCCGACAGAUUUACCACACAGAGCUGGAGAAGUAUGAGCAGGUGGGGAGGACACACAGACUUGUUUUGUUUUGUCAUUCAGUCUUUAAUCAUUUUCUUGUACUUAGUCUUGGUUGUCAUUUAAGUAGACACAAGCAAGUCCUGGUUUAAUUUUAUUUCAUGGGCAGUGUAUAAAAUCUGAAUAUUGAUAAGAUAGUCUAAUCUGAUCAGUAGCUAAAAUCUUUAACAGAGCUGUUUAAUGGAGAGUUUCAAAAUGUCCUGUACAUUCACAAACUUACCAAAAAGACUUCGCCUUUUUAUAAAUCUGGGUUAUUACAAACAGCAAAGAGCCAUGAAUGGUCGUCAAACCAGCAGCCGCUGCAACAAGAAUUGUUGGAAAAGCCUCAUGAGAGCUUAAAUCAGACUAAUUUGGUAUAAAUAAUGAACGCCAUCGAAGUAUAUUGUUCUUGGAUUCAGUUUCUCUCAGGGUGAGAGCUGAGCUUGUAGAGAAGAGCGGCCAUUUUCAUCAGUCACACACCAGUUCUUUUCUUUGUCAAUCCCUCGAAAGUCAAAGUGUUCUUGGUUUGUCAUCUUCUCCGAGGAAGGCUAGUCAUCGCUAACUGUCACGCUCAAUUCAUACCUGAGAGCCUUUUUUUUUUUAACAGUGUCACCACGCUACGUACACCGCACGCGUGUAUAUGAGUGAGUAGUGUCUGGCGUGUGUGUGCAAGCAGAACGGCUGCUCGGUGCAUCACUUUGACUGACGUAACCCUGGUGUUGACAAGCAACAGACACCUUGACUCUGAACGCAGUCAUAUCCAGUGACUGAUUCAGACAGAGGGAGAACGAGGUAGACUGAGAGACAGAGUGAAAAGAGAGGGAGACAGUUUAAACCUCUUGAACAUUAACGGGACUGAAAGCCUGCUGUCAUUUUAGAUUUCUCUUCACUUGUCACAUUUUCUCUGUCAUUGAAGAGAAGUCUUUUUAAUAUUUAGAGCCUUGCAAGUGUCGCUGCCUCCGCUGUGCGACUCCGCCGCUGCCGCCACCACCACGUUUGUUUGGCGUGAAACAUCGCACUGUCUGCUGUUUUAAUUUAGACUAUUCUUAUUACCUCGAACGCCGCUGCUACACAGUCAGUGCUGGCAGAGGCCUGGAAGCAAAGGUGCAGCCUCUCCAGAAUCCAAUUUCGUCUUUUUCUUCAGUCUGAAGCUGUCGAGGCUCCGUGGUAGUUAUUCUUUCUCUGAAUUCUGUCUGUCUGUGCAUCCAGGCGUGCAAUGAGUUCACCACCCAUGUGAUGAACCUGCUGAGGGAGCAGUCUCGAACACGACCCAUCUCGCCCAAAGAGAUUGAGCGCAUGGUCAGCAUCAUCCACCGCAAGUUCAGCUCCAUCCAGAUGCAGCUGAAGCAGAGCACCUGCGAGGCCGUCAUGAUCCUGCGCUCACGCUUCCUUGACGCCAGGUCUGUGUGUGUCCACAUGAUUGACAAAAUCUAUAUUUUAGAUUUUAGAUUCUGGUGUGUAUCUAACUGUAUCUAACUCAGCUAUCAUGUGGAGCUGUAAGAAGGAAGUGAGUAUUUUAUUCUGGUAUUAAAAAGUAUAUAUUCUUUCUUUUCUUUUCUCUGUCCAGACGAAAGCGGAGGAACUUCAACAAACAGGCGACAGAGAUCCUAAACGAGUACUUUUACUCCCACCUCAGUAACCCUUACCCCAGCGAGGAGGCCAAAGAAGAGCUGGCCAAGAAGUGCAGCAUCACAGUCUCACAGGUACCUACAAGAAUAUCUACACUGAAUGUGCCAUUUAUUGUUCGAAUAAGAGGAAGUCUGAGGUCUUUGAAUGAGAAUUAAAUGUUGGUGAUAAUGCUGUGAUUAUUGUUGCCAUCUGUCCUUCAUAUGAAAGUCGUUUGAAAAAGUCAGAAAAUGAACAUUAGGUCUGAAUGAAAAUUUCUUUAUAGUAAAAAUAUUUAUUUUUUACUCACAAGCAUUUACUGUAUUUGACACAGUAGUAUAAAGUGUAAACAAUAGGUAUUUGGAAUACUUUUCUGCUUCUUGAUGGAUCAGCUUCGAGUUCAGUUUUAAUUUUACUUUAUGUUUUUUUUCAUGAUAUUCUUCCCAACAACAAAAGCGUAGUUACUCAUGUAUUAAAUUGUUAGUGUUAGGGUGAACCAGAAAAAAAGGCCACACAUCUAGCCCGUCAAGCUUUUUAUUUUUUAAUUGCUGAAUUUCAAUAGCUGAUCUAAAUUUUAAUUGCAUGUUUAAUAUUUAAUUUUUUUUGCCUUUCAAAGCAGUUUUCAAGCUCAUAUUAUCAAUGUAAAAUAAUACAUGCCGGGCCUGCAGUCAGUUUCCGCUCCUUUAGAAUUCACACAUGCAGCUCAGCUUGAAGAUUAACAGUGUAUGUGUGAGUUUAGCAAUAAGGGGAUGACUGCCAAAACAACAACACCUUUCAAAUCGUCGUCAUUUGAAGUCUAAAUCUUUGGUUACUGUAAAGCUGGUCUAUGACUAACUGAUGGUGUUGAAAGGUUACUGUUAUACGUCCAUGAUGCUGGUGGAAGACAUUAUUUUAAGAUCAGUACAAUUAAAAAAAGAAAAAAAAGAGAUACGUCAAUACAAAAAUCAAGAGUUAUCAUCCUAAUGGUUGCCUUCUAUCUCAAAUUUUGUAAGCUCAAAUGAAAACAAACUACGUCAAAGCAGCCAAAAGUAGCUAGUGCCAAAGAGUGGUUUGUUAGGGAGGCAUCGUCCAAGAUUGAGAGCAGGCACUCAGUUUUGGUUUUAAACUUUGCCAGUAAAAUGUUGGCAAAGAUAGUUGAAUGUGCCAUAAUUCGGCUAUUUCAUCUUGUCCUUUAAAAUCAGGUAUCAAACUGGUUCGGGAACAAGAGAAUCCGGUACAAGAAAAACAUCGGCAAGUUCCAAGAAGAGGCCAACAUGUAUGCAGCGAGGACUGCAGUCAACGCCACCAGUGUGUCUGCUCACGGCAGCCAGGCCAACUCGCCGUCAACUCCCAAUUCAGCAGGUGAGCCAUGCCUUUAAGUCAUCACAGGGACGUCUUUAAAAAAAAGGCUCCAGACAUGCAGAAAUCAGAAAAAAGUCUUUGACCAAAAGAGCAGAUUUAAUACCUGCAGAUUAUUCCUCUCAUUCCUGACCCCGAACUCAAGAAUCCAGUCUCUGGUGCUGUUUGAUUCAGACUAACAGGAAGCCCGUCUUCUCCUCAGCUAACCCGGAAAUAUGAUGUGGCUUCUUGCUCAUUUUUCUCCUUCUUCUUCUCCUUUUCCAUCGGACUCUCUCACUCAUUUUCUCUCUCUCUGUCUCUGUUAUUGACCUCUUGGUCUCGUGGACGUUAAUUUUUUCCUGCCUCUUGUCCGGUUGACCUUGUGCAUGCCAUUAAGCUGCUGAGAGGGCACGCCGAGUCUUCUGUCAUAUAGAGACGUCGCCACUGUAUUGGAUUAGGACCGGGUGUUGAAAUCAAGUUACGCCAUGCUUCUCUUUACAUCUGGGGAGCUGGGGUCCAUUAAAGACCGAAGACGAUUCUUUGGGUCUUCCUGCGGAUCAAUUAUUACUUCCUUAAUGAAACACUAGCAGCACGGACAUUUAACAGCAACAUAAUCCAUAAAGCUUGUUUAAACUGGACUUAAACAGUUUUAUGAUGAUUAUCUGUCUCAUGGUUCUCCAUGGAGGAUUUUUCCCUUUGAAUUAUGCUCCAGUGACAUUUUAAUGUGCAUCUGUAGAGUGCAGGUUUAUAGAAAAAGCCUCCUUUUGCCCUCCAAAACUAACCCUUUUAAUGCACUUUUUGCUUAUGCAUGAUCAUUUUAACUCCUUUUUCUCUUCCUCUCCUCCCCCUUGACUUUGCUCUCUCUCCUCUCCUCUCUUAUCUUUCUCUCGCUCUCUCGCUGUCUUUCUUCUCCUCCUCUGCCUCUGUGUAUUCUCAGGUUCUGCUGGCUCUUUUAACAUGUCAAACUCCGGAGACUUGUUCAUGAGUGUGCAGUCCCUCAAUGGGGACUCGUACCAAGGGGGGCAGGUUGGGGCCAACAUACAAUCCCAGGUGCGUGUCCUACAAGAGCAGUAUUUCAAGAUCACAUUUGAAAUUGUUCAACCACUGUCCGGUCUGGGUGUGUCGCACCAAAUUGACCUACACCGCGCAGCAGAGGUUACGUUUAGCCUGCAGCUCUUCCUCAGUGUGGAAGCUAUUGUCAAGCCGCAGCUGAAUAGACGACUGCAGACAGUUUUGGAAAUGGUGCAACGCUCAUCAGCGCUCCUGACAAGAGUUCACAUAGCCACUGGUGCACUGUGGCUCCCUGACCUUGCCCCAGUGGACAGUGAUGACCAGCUCAGUGUGUUUCUGAGUGUUACAACUCUCACUAUAGAUUAAGGAACCACCACCCGCGGUGAUGCUCUCCUCACUCUGGCAACAUUACUCCGUACACCCCCUCAACAGCAGCCCCCUUUUCUGUUCACAUCAGCUCUCUAACCGCUUUAGGUCGUUCAUGAAUAUGCAUAAGGAGGAAAAAAAAACCCUUAUAGGAGGUAAAGAGGUCUACAAGGUCGGCCUUUAAUUAGUGAAACUCGUGUUCCUUUGAAAGGUUUGUUUUUUCUGAACAUGUCAGACGAGUCCUCGCUCUCAGGGCUGCGCAAUUAAAAAAAAGCGAAAGAGAGAAGUUGGAGUAAAUUGGCCUCCUGAGUAGACAGGUCUUAUUUGUUGUGGAAUCCAUAUGGCAGGUGUGUUUUCAUGCAUAUCCAGGCGAUCUGCUCUGCCAAAAACUGCAAUGAGUCUGUGAAAAACAUUCAAAACGAGGUAGGAUGCGAUCACUGUUAGUACGUAUUUAAUUUGGCACUUAUUUGGUUACUUUGAUCAAAAUUCAUGGGCAUAUUUUCCCUAAAAAAAAUGUAAAAAACAAAAUUUAGCAGCAAUAUUUUAAAAAGUAAGUCGUUUAGUAUUGUUUUAGUGUCUGAAUUUGAUUGUUUUGCCAAAAGUACAUAAUUAUUCAUGAGUGGUUUGUUUAUUCGCUCAUAUUUGGUCCUAUUGCAACCUCUGUUAUCAAUCCUGUAAUUGCGCCAAAUCAUCUUGAUUCGCUGUUUGUAACCUUUUCCAGUUUGUGCUACCCUUUCACUAUCAGAACGACCUUUCCUUGUGCCUGGCUGUCUUUGUUAUCCCGAGCUUUUGUCUGACCGGGGCCUCCUUUUGUCUUUGUGUCCCUGCUGUUCCAGGUGGAUACUCUUCGCCAUGUUAUCAGCCAGACCGGAGGAUACAGUGACAGCCUCGCAGCCAGCCAGAUGUACAGUCCACAGGGCAUCAACGUAAGACCUGUAAACACUCCUCUUCUGUCCUUCUCUAUGUUGUCCGUCCUGUUUGAUUUUGAAAUGAUCCCCCAGUUGCAAGACGUGUGUAACGUUGUGUAAUUCUGUGUGAAAACACUGGGAUGCCACUUAGCAGAGUUUGCUGGGCUUGGGCUAUUGUCCAGCCAGUUGUCCCCCCUGCCCGCUCCAGUCGUGCCCUAGGUGGCAGGCAAUGAGGCAGCUACCGGGCUGAGGAGCUGGACACGCUCCUAGUCUGUCGGAGGGUAUUAGCGUUAGCGAGACACCUGCAGUCGACAGCAACAAGGACACAGGUGUCAUCUUUCCCCCAAACGCUGCUCUCACAUUGGCACCAAAGGACAAAUCAUACCUCCUGCCCCUUUCAAGAAAAAAAAAAAGUUCCAAGUUGCUAAUUCUUGAAAUAACUCUUUAACUAGGCUGUCAGAGGCGGGGCCAGUUUUCUGUCUCCGCGCCAAGCUGUGCCGGGCAGGGCGGGACAGGCAAACACUGGAGGCAGUGCGUUAACAUGUAGAUCUAUAGCGACAGGCUGUGUGGGGCUGAACAGAAUCAAUACGACAGUCACAGGAACAGAGAGAGUGCGGCUCUGGGCUAACAGUCCAAGCACAUUGGUCAGAUCAUUCAUCCACAGGAACAGCAGCACUGACAGCCCGGCCUGCAACACCCUCGUGCUAAAAUAAGUACAGGGAUGCAUCAAGUCACUCACAACAGACAGCCGGCUCAGCUGGAGAUGGAUGAUAUUCUCACUACGAAACAUUUGGUCAAAAAUGAAAGUUUUAUUUGAAAUAAACCAAAUUGUUGAAGUUACAUGGAUCUUAAACCAAGUUUGUAGUUCGCAUGUUUAGCGAGUUCUGAGUUGCAUAAAAACAACCCAGUGAUAUGAAGAUGCGUAGAUACUUUAACAAAGGUUCAAAAGGUUCAAAGGUUUCUUUAUUUAUACCUUGCGGUAAAUUUUGUUUGCAGGCAGGAACCCAGCCGUUCAGAUAAGACUCACAUAAAAACAACAAUACAACAAUCAAGUACAAAAAAUGCCAGUCGUUCAGACAAGCUAAAUGUUUUACAAAACUUACUUUUCAACUUUUCAAACGUAAUAGUCAAAAAAAAACAAUCACGUUAAAAAGAAAGUUUUUAAUAAUUUUCACCAAUAUGAACAAACAUGAAAGUCAAAAAUACAAAUCUGUUCACAUUUUACAACAUAAGAAGUGUGACUUGUUUUUUAUGUAUUGGUUAAACAUUACAAAGUUUGGUUUUAUACUUCGGUUUUUAUACUAAAGACUUGUAAGGGCUUAAAAAAUUGCUAAAUCUUUCUUCUCGGCUUGAUGGUCAUGAGACUAAUGAUCCCAGAAAGACCUCUAGAACAGUUGAGGACUUUAUCUCUUCAAGAAUGCGGCUGGGAAAGAAGAUGUUUACGUCUGCUACAAAACUAAAACAGUGAUACCGGAGUGAGCAGCACCUACAACAAGCUCCGGUUUACAGUAGAUCCACAAUUUCUAUGUUAGACACUGACUCAAGCCUGACCAGUUCAGCCAGUAAGCUGACAUAUAUACUACUGAAAUCAAACCAAACUGUCAUACCUUGAAAUAGCUUACUGUGAGAAUUGUUAGUAAAUUAUAUUUCAGGCUUCAUCGCUCAGUCCAGUGAAGCUCAGACAGCUGUGCGUUCACAAGUGAUAAAAACAACUCCAGUACUUUAUUGAUAGAUAUGACGGAAAAGCAGAAGUUGUAGCAUUUCAAGUAAAGAUUGUGAAUGAGUGUUGUUGCCUGCAUUUAUGAUUAUUAUUGUUGUUGUUACUUAGUCCAGAUAUUUUUCUCUCUAAGAUCUACUGACUGAACUCUUAUGGUUCACCUCUUUAUCCUUGAACAGCAAUUAUGAUCCUCAAAUUGCUGGUGGGUGUUGCCUCCCUCAAAGACUGGAAAUGUUUUUCUCUCUCCCUCUCUCCUCUGAAUAAGAUGACAGACAGUCUUUACACUAAAUAACAGGGUUUGGAAAUAAGAGGCUGCCAAAGCACGUUCCCAGCUCUCACUAACAGCACAGAAAAGGCAAUUAAUGUCUUUAAUGGUCUUUAGUCAAGCUUUUAUCAUGAUUUUAGGAAGGCCUCCAUUUUAAAGAGUGUUCUUUAUUGUGGUAAUUUGUUCUUUUUUUAAACUAUUUCAGGGAGAUAUAUGGAAAGGUUUGCGUGGUCUGUGCAUCAUCUAUUCUGUUUAUAUCAGGAUAUGGAUGAGUUCAUGAUUCAGCUGCAAAAAAAGCAGUUAGACAUCAGUGCUUUUGAAAAACCUUGGUUUAUUCGAGGCUACCCUCUGAAUAUAGGUUUUAUAAGGUAAUUAUCGAGUUAAAGACCAAAUAAACCACUUGAGUCUGGCUUCAUAUUUUUUAAAGCAAAUCAUGCUGCAAGUUAUGACUAUACAAUACAAUAUCCUAUUAUAUCCUGUUUUAUUCUUUUAAUUAAAUGAUAAGAAUGAUGAUGUUGUAUAACUGUCAUCUAAUCCUGGUUACAGUCAACAGUGUGUUUGAUCACAGGUUUUAUUAACUGUGUGGAACGACUCAAAAAUAUCUGAGCUGACUGUAGAUAAAGAUUGUUUGACUGUCUCUACUUUCUCUUGUUGCGCAAAAGUGGAGCCAAACCGGGCAUGACAUCUUGGCACCUAAUUUGGAGGCAGAGUUGGUGAAGUUUAGUGACUGUUCUUUGAGUGUUUGUUAGGUUUUCUCCACGCUGAGCUGCAUUAGUCAACAGAGCUGUCAGUCACCCCGUUUUUAUCAUCAGAUAACUACUUAAAACCAGUUUAUAAAGGAUUAUAACACUUGGAUUUAACUUAACAAACAGACCAUUUCUAUAAGAAAACCUAAUGUAUUUAUUUAUUUCAAAUUCUGACCCAUGUCCCACAUGAAGAGUGCAGACUUUAUGAUUUAUACUGCAGCCAAUCAAUAGGGGGAGCUCUAAAGAUAUUGGCUAACUCUUGGCAAGCCGUCGUGUUGCCAUCAUCAGUCUGUGGUCUCAAGUAAGUGACGGCUUUGAAAAGCGCUGGUCUGUUUCUGUCAAUGUAAAUAAAAAUGCACUAGACCAUGUUUCAUUGAUAGAAAAGUGACACAUCUUCACAAAAUCAAAUAUAGCACAUUUGUUGAAUAUUACACUUUAAACGUUUAAUUUCAUACAGUCAAAUGAUUGAGACAGAUAACAUAAUUAUAAUUGUGUAAUCCAAGAGCUGGAGUGAUGUUUUUCUCUGAGUUUAUGUAGUCUGGUUCUUCCUCUUGUGUAAAACUGCACUAUGCAAAGAUACUGUAUAUCAGUGGUUCCCAAGUGCAGUAACACACCUGAUUCGAAUGAUCAGCUCGUUAUCAAGCCAUUCCAGAGCUUGAUAACGAGCUGAUCAUUUGAAUCAGGUGUGUUGGAGCAGGGAAACAUGCAAAACAUGCAGGACGGGGGGGCUCAAGGACUGGACUUGACAACCACUGCUGUAUAUGAUACGUUUUUUUAGUCCUACCUUGUCCUACUUUGUAACUUCCUCAAACUCUUCUGAAUACUCCUAUUAUACGUACACCUUACCCUUAAAGCUCCUGUUAGGGGUUUUUAAUCGGCUCGUGAAUUAUCUCUUUAUGAGCAAACAAGACCAUCAUUGGCAAAACUAAUAACCUCCAUGAAGUAACUUUUAAUGCCUGAAACUGUUGGUGCAGUCAGACAAGUAAAAAACUUCAAGCUAUGAUUUACACAGCAAAUUCUCUUAAUAAUUGAUAUAUCACAAAAUUGUAGCAAGAUAGGAGUUUUGCUGAAAAACACUUCCUGCUCAUGGACACAAUAUCAGAGAAAAUCAGCAAAGAGAUAAGUGGUAUUGCUUUGUCCAAAGGAGGCACUAAAUCAGCUCAAACCUAAAGUACCCCACGGAAGCUUUAGAGACAAAGCUGCAUCAACUUUGUGUUGUAUUUCAACUUCCAUAAAUUCAGAGGUGUUUCCAUGGCACUAAUUACUUCCUGUCUUCUUUAUACAGACAAAUGGUGGCUGGCAAGAUGCUCCGACUCCCUCGUCAGUGACAUCGCCUACAGAAGGACCCGGGAGCGUGCAUUCGGAUACUUCCAACUGAAUAUAUCCAUCUCCAAUCCUCAUCUACACAUAAAAAACAUGAACUGACCUUCUUAUUCACAGUAUUAAACAAAGGAAUUUACUGUCCCACAGUUUGGAGAGGUACUGUGAAAUCCUGAUCAGAAAAAAAAAGUAAAUCACAUUUCCCUGUGAAUAACUUUGGACAUUUGGGAUACAAACAAAAAGUUUCAUGAUAACAGUCAAACACCACAGCAAUCGAUGAAGACGUUUGUACAGAUUUCACAUUAUAUUCAGAGGGCUGGGGUUACUUCUUCGCUCAUAAUGUUUUCACUCAUAAUGUUGAAAUGUUAUGAUAAAGUGAAUAAAUCCAAUCAUUGGUUUUAACUGAAAAUACUUCAUUCUACCUCUCAGCCACUAAAAAAGUAGAAAAAAUAUGUCAGUGACCAUUAUUUGUUUUGUAAAAAUGAAACUUUUGUCUUUGCAAGCAGGAGGCACAUCUUCUUACUUACAUUUUGUUGUCUCUCACCUAUUCUAUGGUACGCCAUUUAGACUUAAAUAUUGCUCAGUUGUUUACAAUGUGUGCUUGAUAAAAGUAUGUUCAUCUUCCCCGCUGUCUCCGACGAGUCAAAACAGAGGAGAUUUUACCUCUAAGGUAACCCUGUGAAGUAUGUUAUCUGUAAAACAAUAAAGAAAUACUUGUCAUGAAA